UUUUAGCGCCCCCUAGAGGACAAAUGAUAGGCCUUGAUUUACUAUAAAAAUUGUUGAAGAAACAAUGGGGGCAACUUAUGAGCCGUUUAUUUUAAAAUUACUGACAGUACAUGCCUAAGCUCACCUGAGCUGUUACUCGGCUCAAUCAAAAUUAAAAUUUAACAACAACAGUCAAAAAUUGUAGUGAGGGGCAAAAAGGCUAUAAGUAGUCUGAUAACCGAGUUUACUUCACAUGUGAAAUUAAAGGACAUCUGACAGAUAUCAACCCCAAAGCAGAUGCCUAAUUAUUAUUUAAAGGCACAAAAUUUCAAAGGCCUACUUUUAGAUAAAACUGUGAGAAAAAAAAAAAAAACUAUUUAAGACCCAUUAUUCCUCUCUUUUACUCAACUUUGUGAAAUGUAGUUUUCUCUGAUUAAGCAUUUACAGUCCAUGACAACACAAAGGGUACACAUUUUACAAAAUGCAGCCAAAUCAGUAUUUUCAGCAUUGUGCAUUCAAUGAGAAAUAUGACAGAUAAAAUCAACUCAAGGAUUAGAAGAGGUAACUACAAAAAUAUAUAUCUGUACUGCAAUAAAAGUGUUCAGCUACACUGAAAAAAGUAAAAUGCUACAAAACAGUUUACUCUAUCUGCGGCUUCUGGUCCUUAAAAUAUACAGCAAUUGAAAAUCAUUGUAGAAUUUCUAACAAAAGAAUUUUCAUCAACAAAAAGUAUUAAGUUUCUAAAUUCUUGGUGAUCUGGUGAAGAGAUGCAUAUAAACAAAGAACAGUCUUUCACGAAAACAGUAAUGAUUGGAAAAAAAGUCCAUUUGGUGUCAGACCAGCAUUGUACAUAUCAGUAAGAACUGAAGUCCUUGCACCUGAUCAAUUUCUGUAUUUUUUUUUACAGACCCUCAGCUUUUUAUAUAUUCAUUGGUGAAAUACAUUAACAAAAAAAGGAAAAAAAAAAAAACGCCUAAAACAAUUUGUUUGAAUCUAAAAUUUCCUUUAUAAAAUAUAAUAAAUAUGUUCACUUCAUACUUUGGAUAUAAAUAUUUUUUUUUAUUAUAAUAACAAACAUCGACAGGACCAUUCCAGGCAAUACUGUGCUGUUUGAUACACUCACAAGAGCAGUGUUACCACAAAAAAGACAAGCACCAUCUUUAUACCGUUAAUAUCUUUAAAUUUACGUAUAAACAGGAUAGAUGUUGAUAGGUACACACUUAUUUAUCUGUUGUCCUUUUUUGAAAAUAAAAAAAAUAGGGAAAUCAAACAAGUUAUCCAUAGAAAAGAAGAGAUUUGAAAUAGCCUACUGGAUUAAAAUCAAAAAGCUUAUACUUUUGCCAGUAAAAUGAAAGGGUUGAUCGUUGAACACAGAUUUUCUUUUUUAUUUUAACGAGCACCCAGCACAUCUAAAGCAAAAUUCAAGCUUUAAAGCAUAACAUAUAUAUAUAUAUAUAUAUUCUCACACAACUUACAUGAAAGGUUAAUGUAAAGUUGCAUAAAAAAAACUGAAAAUAAUACACCAAAGGAUAUCAAAGGCCUUUUUUUUUAAAUCUAAAAUUAGGGGUGAUAUCUUGGUGGUAAAUAGUUAGAUUGGCCAGUUUUGUUGUAAACAUCUUUCCUUUUUUUUACAUUAAAUGUCAAAGAAAUCUGGCAAAAUAGAAGAACAACUGCAUGUGGUUCAGUGUUAUAAAAGGUGCAGUGCAUCACAAUGACUGCUAAAAUGAAAAUAGUCACUCCACGUGUGAAUGUUAAAGAUUUUAAGAUUAACUUAUCUUACUUUGUGUGAAAUUUACAAUUAAGGGCGUUAUAAACACAUGCCAUGCUAGUUCAUGUACAAGAUACAUCCGUGGGUUUUCUUGUGGUCCAUGACGUAAAUGCAGCUUCGUGAGACGUGAGUAAUCGAUCCCAGAUCUGAAGCCAGGCAAGAGCAAUGUUUUCAUUCCUGCUGACGACCUGCGCGAGCCACUCUGCCAUGGCGCCCGUAAUGUCGCUGAUUAAGGAGGGGACGUCAUAGCAUCAGCAGUGUUUGAAUUUGCUCAGCUGAAAACUAUCUCCUGCAUUUUGCAAACACAGAUUUCAGUAAAGUCACAUUUCUUUUUGAACCCGCCAUGACCGUGGAGCAGAAUGUCCUCCAGCAGCACUCUCAGAAGGUAAGCUGACAGAAGCUAACUCGGGGGCUAGCUAACUUUAGCCCGGAGAGCUACAUACUUUUGGGGAUGCGAAGUACUUAAAGGGUGGACUAUCCCACUCUGUCUUUAGUUAGGUUUGUCUCAGAAUGUUGAUUCUUAGGGGCUAAUUGGCCAUUCUUUUGCGAGUGAGGUUUGUAAAAGUAAGCAAAUUUAUUUGCGUCAGGCCCGACGUUAUGCUAACGUGAAGCGUUAUUCAAUAUUUUGCUAGCAGUUAGCCGACGUUAGCUAACGGUGCUGCGUGAAGUUUAGUCAAACCUGAGCGGUAUGUGUUUGUGACUUAAGUGAAAUCAACAGCUGAUCGUGUAUUGAUUAAUAUUGACAGUUGAUCCUUUAGCAGCGUUAGCAUCAUGGGCUCAGUGUGUCGUCAAUAGAAAUAAAGCGAAGUGACAGUCACAGAUUUACCGUCAGUGUUGUGAACUCCGGAGUAGUGUGUGUGUGUGUGUGUGUGUGUGUGUGUGAUGAGUGUUUACUGUCUGAUGAGAGUUCAUCAUGUUUGUUGCUGGGACCCUGUAGAGCACGUAAGGACCACGAUGAGAUGACUUUGAAAAAUAAAGACUCCUUAUGUAAUUUAAAACACCUUUAAGGUGACACAUCAGUGUAUAAACUUAGAAACUGCAUCAUCUUAGGGAAUAAUAUACUCACUGCGAAUUUGAUGCCAGCAACACGUUUUAGAGAAGUAUGUGCAGUAGACUGGAAUAGUUGUGAAAUGGAAAAUGAAAACACAUGUCACACCAUCUCCUAAUAAAUCAAGUUAACUCUCAACAGGUUGAUAUUAUAAAAGAUGCUGAAGUCAGCGUCUUAUACACAGCUUCCAGUUCAGCUGGUCAGGGGGAGAUAAUGGAAAAGGUCCUAAUCCAGCACCACCAACGCAUUCAGACUUUUCAGAUCUGGACUGCAUUAUGAUGAAAAGACUACAGACUUUUUAAAACACACUUUCAGGUGUAUAAAACUCAUAUUUUUCAAUUAAACUAUGCAGAAAGCUGUGAUUUUGCCGCACCUUAAGUUCAUGUAAGUAUAGGUCAUCAUCAAGAACCACAACACCUAGGCUUAUUUUAUCUUAGUUAAAAUGUUCUAGAGAGGCUACAUAGUCUUUACAGUGUGGCUUCAGAUUUGUGAAACUGUUAUUCUUUUUGUGAAAAUGCAAAAAAAUUGACUGUUUUCCUAUCUGGAGAAGAUUACACACAACUUUCUCUUAAAGGCUACAGACUUACAACACUUUUUUUUUUUCUUUUUCUUUCUGACAGAAAAUUUCUUAUCUGUUUUAUCUCGAGCCUGCAGCCUCUCUUGGAUAAUCUAAUCUAGAUUUGAAAUGUCCAGAUAUUGAGAUCCUGGAUUAGGAAUGAGAGUCUAGUGAGGAAGAUAGAAAAAAAGAAUGAAAUAACUUUUUUUUUUUUUUUAAUUGCAGAACAAAGGUUCCACUGCCUCCCUAGGGAGACUUUGGCCAAAAAUUAUCGGGGCCUGGGUAUUGAGGCUCUGGAUCAGGACUUGUAUAGACCAAUAUAGUCUUGAGGGGAAAAAAAGGAAAUCACUUUUGUGUUUAUCUUAUAAAAUAAAAGUCUAACAAAACUGUGGGGUCUAUCUGAUAAACUAAUCCAGAUCUGACAAGUCCUAGUUUAAGGAUUUCGGGUUUCCUAUAACAGCUUUAUCAGCAGCUGCUUAUAAGAUGCUAACUGCAGUGUUAUUAAACAAGACUAGGUAAAAUGUAGGUCGAGUCUUUGUAAAAUAAAGUGGAAGAAUGAGCUGGAAAAUAGUUGAAGAGUUUAAAGAAUAAUCUAUUUCCUCCAAGUAAGAAUUGUAUCGAGAGCUUGUUUCUAUGACCUCCAGCAACAGUUUGAAAAGUAAGGAAUCCCCAAAUCCAAAAUUAGUGCUGGUAUAUCCAUUUAUUAUUCGUAUUAUUUUGCUUUCCACUGUAAAUUUUAUUAUUCACACAUUAAUUGAACCGAGACAAAUCUCUGUGCACAAGGGACAGAGCUGAAACCAAUAUUGGAUGGCUGUGAUUUCCGGGCUCCUUAUUAGCACAGCGUUUAAAAAAAGAUGUGACUUUGUUGUGGAAAUCACUGCAUGGGCUAAAAAUCACCACCAAAAAUUUUUUUUUUUGUUGUUGUUUGAAGGUGAUUUUUCUGCAUCCACAAAUGCAAGCUAGAGCUUCACCUUGAAAAGUAAAGGUGCUAAACUGGUCUGCCUGCAGUUACUACUCGUCACUUACUAUGAAUAUUUUAGAAUUAGAAGUACUUCAAUAAUCCCUAGGGGGAAAUUGCUUAAAAGUUUGUGCUUUAAUGAAAUCUAACAUCUAACAAAAGCGAACCAAAGCUGUUGGGGAGCUAAAAUCUUUUUUCAAGUAAGAAAAAGAAAAUCAUCAAGAGUGAUAGUAGUUGGUCUCCUCAGCCCCUAGACAUUUUCAGGGUGUUGUUACGAGAAGAGGUGAUGCAACAGAGUGGGAAACAUGACCUUGUUUCAACCUUUUUGGAGGGGUGAUGCAGGCCUCAUAUUCAAAAUGAGCAUUAGUUUUCCCAAAGUCGAUACAAUUUCUCAGUUUCAGUCUGUGAUAUGGUGUGUAUGGAGAGACGUGCGAUUCUCAAUGGAAUAUGGGGCUUCAGCAUUUGGCAAAUCAGAACAUCCUGUUUCUAUUUGUGUCUUAUGCAGUGUCCAAACUUUCUGGAAAUGAGUUGUCAUAGUUUUGAGUAGGUACUUUUUUUGGCUUAACUAAGCACUUUGCCUGAGACUUUUUUAUGUUGUUUGUCACCAUUUCUGAUCAUAUUUGUGAGCUCAGAUGUUCCCUUGCUACUCAGAUAUAGUAUGUGAUAUGUUUGUUGACAAAGUAUGACCAGAGGAAAAUCAUAGCCGAGCCUCUGUGCUUGGCGUAGAUUCAGUAACGUUAUCCAGUCAGCAAGCCAAGUAUGCGAUGGGUCGUAACGGUGAAAGCAGAUCACUAGGUUAUAUCUGCUCACACUCUCAGUUUACGUCUGUUCUAAGCUUGGUUGUUAUGAGAUUUACUCUGACCACCAUGCUCAGUAUUGCACGGCCCUGGUAGGUUAUGUAACCACUUUACUGAUGCUGCUAAACCGUGGGUUAUAUGUUUGCUCUGCUAGUAUGAAUGAAGAAAAAGAGUACUUUGCAUAAGAGUUAUGUAAUCACAGUUAUGUUGUAUCAACUGCAUGCAGUGCUGUGUCUUUGUACAGCAUGGCCUCACUGUUUUGAGCCAGAUCUGACAUGGUUCACGUAGCUGAGAACACGUGUCUCUAACUGCUUAAGGCCUGCAGCAGAGGCAACAAUAAAUACCCCUCUGAUGACUCAAAUGUUGAAGAAGCAGCAUAGCACAAACCUUGGAGUGCCGCUUGACCUCCUUGGGGACAAUACUGCGGGUGCUUUACAAAAAGGAAGUAAAUGGACAGAUAUGUAGGAGAUGAAAAGGGAUGGAGGGCAAGAAUAAUGACAAAACUGACGUCUCAUACAAGUAGCUCCUGUGUGGUGAGUGUGCACCAUGUGCCCUCAUUGUUGGGUGCUUACUGUGAUGUUUGUACAAGGUUUGCAAAUCCAUGUUCAGGUACGGAGCUGCAUUUGGUCAGAACCUUAAAUCUUGUCCCCGAAAAUGUUUGUUUUUCUAGCGAUCAGCUCACUUGGUGUGUGGUGCUCUGUUUGUUUUAUCUCUUUAUUUCCCACCUGACUAUUAGCUGUUAGAUGAUGUUGACACUCCCAUAAAUUUUGUCUAAUGCCAUGUCCUGAAUCAAGAGUGAACAGAAGCAAUACGCUGUAAAAGAGAUGCAACCACAGAGACACAAGAUCUAAGAAAACACGGCUUCUUGUAGACCUUUAUCAUAUGGCUUGUGCAGGAUUUUCUUGACGGUAAUGAAACUAAUACCUUUGCUAUUUUUGUAUCCUUUUAGAUACCUCAUUGAUGCAUUACCACAGUGUUGCUUUCAUGGACGAUGAAGCAGACUCAAUCUGCCAUGGUAGUUUUAUCUCACCUCUUUGAGAUCUUUGUUUUACCCAGCGUGAACUUUCUUUAGGUUACCUAUCUAUAGAGCAACAUACAUAUCUGUCAAAGUUUGAUGCGUCCUGAUGGUGCAUCAGUAUCUAUUGGGAUUUAAUUACAGUCAUCAGAGUAGUACUCCAUCAUUAGAGAGACUCGUGAUAGCAGGGUGUGGUGCCGGUUUUCAUGCUGUGACCUGAAGAGAGUGAAAUGAGGUCAUGUUUGAGGAGCUAUUAAUCCCAGUGGAGCUAUUUGUUUUUGUUUGCAGCUCCCUCACAUGCACAUACUAAACAGCACUGCAGUGAGGACCAGACAGCAGAUUCGCUGGGAAUGCCCCCAUCUGCAGUCGGCUGUAAAACCUCAUGCAGAGAAUUAUGUGGUGUUAUUCACAAGCUGCCUUUUAAUGGCUGAUGACCAGUGUGACAAACAGCCAUGCCAGGCAUGUCACAUGGAGAUGGGAUUUGUGUGUGUGUGUGUGUGUGUGUGUGUGUGUGUGCCCGUGUGCCCACAUAUCUGAGUAACUGCCCUUGUGGUUGACUUGGCCUAAAUCUGUCAGAGGUGUAAUUUCCCUCACACUUCACCAACCAGGCCACUCUCUGUGCCAACAAACCUGUAUCCGUCAGUCUCUGUCAGUGACUCACACACUCUGCCAUCUUCUUGUUUACUUGUCUGCAGUGGGUGAAACAUGGCGAGGUGUAAAACUGUUGCGAGUGUGUGACUUACAAUUCUCUCUUCAGGAUAUCCUCACAUCAAAUACUGGUUGCCAUGAUAACUGAUUCAACUUGUUAUAUUUUCUUCAGUUUAGUAUUUUUUUUAUUAACUGUUGCUAAACUUGAGGUAAAAGUGUAAAUCAGGCCUUGUAAUAUUGUAAUAUAAUUUUAGAUGGUGCAUUUCUGCAAUAAUCAGCCUUGAUGUCUUCUGUAAUGUUCGCCAUUUUCUCAAACUGACACGUCAAGUAAGUCAUAGUACGCAGAGUCACGCUGACAUUUACCAGCCAGCUGCAGUGACCUGACAUGCCCCCUACUGAGUCGGGUAUCCUUGCCUCGUAAACCGGGCGCGUGGUCACAGACAAAUUGGGUGCAGUCAGUGCAUUAUUUAUGAGCUGCUACUCCAACAAAGCUGUGAACUUUCUUAACACGUACCGCACUGACACUUUGGCCCCUGGGGUUUAGUUCAGUAGUUUUAGUCAAAAGCUCUCAUAAGAACUCGUAGCUGAAAGCAAGACUAGUGUCGUGUCUGAAGACAGGUAAAGAAAAGCUCCCUUGGGGCUACAACAAAUGAGUGCUAAACUUCAAGAAAAAAAUGCCUUUCUGAUGUCUAGAUUGAGAUAUUGGUGCACAGUUUUUAUGCUAAUGCUAAUUGCAUUUUUACAGAACCUGAGAUACUGACAAAAUUCAGCUAAAUAUGCGAUAUUUGAAUCGGAUGUUUUCCUGUUUAUCUUUACAGCUGUCUGUAUGGUGCGUUUUCUUUUAGAAGUAGAUUGACCUUUUAAUUGGAGACAUGACAAUGCACUCAACUCAUGAUGCAAUAAGAACCACACUGCUUGGUUUACAAAUAUUUUUUUUUCUUUUUUACUAACUUAAGUUUAAAAGGAUAUUCUGGAGUAGGUUUAAGCCAUGGUCAAACACACUGUAACACAGAGUUAAACACCCCCUCGAGAGAUUAAUGUUGCCAACCGCUUGCUUCUCUAGUGACACCAACUUCAGCAAAGACCGCACAAUAGCAGUACACAGCUGUCUACAUCUCUAUGCGCAAACCUCAACCAAAAAGCCACUCUAUAGCCAUAAAUACUGCUCAGAAAAGCGCCUAACUUCAUCAACAGUUCAUACAGAGUCCCAGUUAUAACACUAGCCAUCAGACAUCUUUUUAGCUUUGCAUGGAUUCUUUAGCAAAGAGACUAAACACAACUCACCCACUCUCUUCCAGCAGCUGCUUGUUUGCGGGGAAGCCAUGACGAGCCGAUCACGAGUUCAGUGGAGUUCUGCAGCUUAAGGAAGAAAAUUUAUGCUCAUUACUUCAUUACCUCCUCACCCUUGAGUUAGUUGCUUGUAACUUACUAAAAGUUUUGGUGACAAAUGCGCUUUUGUUUGGAAAGGACACAAAGGAACUUUUGUUUGUCGUGUUGUAACAUCAUCAAAAUUUGGACUGUUCUGUGGUUAGUAUUACAAUACUUGAUACCAAAUGACACAUGAAACUUAAACAGUUUCGUUUUGACACUUGAUGCUCAAUAGAUCAGAAGCAAGAUAUUUUCAAGGGUUGGGCAUGUUUGAAUUUCAUAGUUAAGUAACAGUGAUCCUGCCAACAUGCCAGUUCCUCUCGGAUGUUUCUCAAGCAACCCAAUAACACUUUUUGGUAUCCAGGGGCCCAGUGUUUGCUAAGGUCACAGUUAUUUUGGCCACAUUCAAAUGUAAGGGUGCCUCAGUUACCAGCGAUGUUUUCUGAUGCUACAGAGCCACCAUAUUAAAAAGUGAGAAGUAUUAUCAGUUAGAAGCCUGAGGCUGUUUAAUUGUACUACUGAGCACAAACAACCCCCCCAAACAACUGCAACUAAGUAUGGUGGUUGCUAUGGAAGUAGCAUGUUUUAAUAUGCCUGUCGUAUUAUUUAGGAUGUAGAAUUGGUCUGAUAUCGACAGAAGCCUGACAUGCUGAUAUUACAUAACAUGUAAAAUCAAACUAAACAGCUCAUCCAUAUCCUACCUGCAGGCUAGACCAAUGUCCUGUUUUUAGUGUUUUAUGCCUGAGGGGCUAGGCUAGGAUUGAGUGCUUCCUCCCUUGCAUGACAUCUUUUGCACACAAGUCAUUGUCCCUGUUGUCCUCACUGGUGGACAUGUUGAGGUAGAGGCAUUGCUUUUCUCUUGUUUAAAUGGAAGUAGCAACUCAAGCUGUUUAAUUGUGAAACACUGACUGGGGUAUGUCUCUCUGAGCACCGACAUGCCCUCCUUGCAGAUACUGCCGCCUUGUGGAGAUGCAGGUCAUCAUAUUUCAUCCUUACAAUGUUACAGUGUCAUCCAGACCCUUAAAGCCAUCUCAUUCCUCUUAGUAAGGAAAAUGCUAUCUUCUCAAUCACUGAACCAUUUUAGCCAUACAGGAAGAGUUAAUGCUGUGUAUUCUGGAGAAGACAGAGAGCAACAGAGACAGUGUGCAUUACUCGAUUUUUUUAAUGACUCAAAGCUUUGUUUUUUGGUUGAUGAGUUUCAGGUUUACAGGUGUCUGUAAUACGCUCAUGCUCAUAAACAACAGCUUCCUUCAGUUCUGACAUAACUGACCUGUACAUCAAUCCUGUUGUCCUGUUUUAUCAUAACCAAAUCUGACCUAGAAUUAAUUUCAGCGAUAUUUUUAGUGUGAUUGUUUGAUUUAAUUAAACAGGGAUGUCAUCAAAAGUUUACUUAAGUUUACCGCAUCUUUCCUUUACUCUUUAGGAGCUAAAAUUUUGACAUCAAAAUGGUAAAAUUAGAAAAUAAUACUCUUGGAUGAUACAUUUGCAGACGUGCUGGCACCACUGGCUUUCCAUGCCAGUAAGCUACCAUUAUAGUGUUACAGUGUCAUUUGAGUGUUGAUCAAAAAAGUUUCCAACCCUCUUACUUAGUAACCCUGACACAGCAAAUAAUAGAUUUGACAAGGUAAAAAAGAGUCUUUUAUUUCAUCACUGUAAAAUCAAGUUUCAGGCCAUGCUGUAAGAGAAUAUCUUACAAACAUGUAAGAGAUUUCAAGAUUUCAGCACAAAUCCUCUCCAAUAAAAGCCUGUGUCAGUGUUUGGAGUUUGUGUCACAGGCCUUCAUUUUUUUAUGUGUAGCAACUAUAGCAACUGCAUCAAAAAUAUUCGUACAUGCACUUCACUUAGAUGAGGGUUAGUAUUCUCAUGGGUGUGAUGACCAAUCAAUCUGCUGUGUAAGAAACAGACAUGCAGUAAGGUCCCUGUUACAACCGGCACUGGUAUCUGCUGGCUGCUGCAGCCUUUAAACAGUCAGAAAGAAGUCUGAGUCCCUCCCACUCAAGGCUGAAGCCUUCAGCUUCAGAUGCUGACACUGAGUGCUCUCUCUUUAUAUAUAGAGCAUUUAUUCAAGCUGUGCACUGCAGGUGAAGUGUGGUUAGGCUCUACUACAGUCCAGGUGGGGUUGACAUCAGAAGCUUUUCAAGACUGUAGGGAAUUUACAAGCAGGGAUGUUAGUCUGGGUUGGAUAUGAUAAGAUUGGAAUUUAUAACCGUUCAGUUUAACUCUGUUGAGACUGAUAGAGGUCAGAGUUUCCUGUGUUUGGAGUCUCUUUGGAGAAUAAUGCAGUAGUUUUUUAAAAUUUUUUUCAUCCCUCUCAGUGUUCAUACAACAGACCUCAAAUUUCAUAGUUUCAGGAGAGAUCACAGAUCAUAAAAACAAGGAUCACGGUUCAUAUAUGGUUUAGUUUUUUAGGGUUGUUUAAACCCAUUAAGACCUAAACCCUGUCUGAGACACGCCUCUGAAAUCCUGAGGGCAAUUUUGAGAAGGGCCCCCAGACCUUGAGGUUUUCUGAAGUGUUGAGGUUUACAAAAAAGCUGAUAUCUCAGCCUCUGUCACAGAUAGAAACAAAAUUCAAAACAGAUUUGAAAGCGUACAGGUGUGGCUUUCAAGAAAACUAUCUUUUAUUUAUCUGAACCUUCAUCACAUUAUUGAAAACCUUGAACAAACUCAAAUGAUAUAAAGCAGCAGUAUAAAUAAAAGUAAAGGCUCUGCACUGGAGAAUAACAAACUAUUUGCUUUCUGUAAAACAAGUGGCAGUCAUGAUAAAGUGUCCAUUCAAUACAAAUGUAAAUUUAAAAAUAAAGUGUUGAAAGUGUAUGCAGCUGCCCUAGUAUAAUGCCAGUACAAAAGCAGCUCUAAAAACUAAAUAACUGGCUGACAGUGUGUUCAUCUCUGUGCUCACCCAAAGUCAUGCAACACUCACAGAAAACGCAGAUAGUGUGAGCCAAAUCACUCAAUAUGAAGAGGUUGUUCACCCCGCUGGAUGCUUCUCCUCCGAAGGUGCUCUCUGCCUCCAUCAUUGUUUACUCACGAACCCGUAGCAAGAUCCGAGCAUGAAUCCGAUCGCUUUAUUAGCCUAUCAGAGGCAGACGGGUAUGAUGAUUGGAUUAAUAUUUUAAUGUCAUUGUUAGAGUGUCCGGUUUUGGAGAAUUUAGUUCUUGACUAAGUUGAAAAGUUUGCCUUGUACCUUAACUAUUGUGUGUAUUUGAUCGUGUAUUAGUGAGAACCUUGCCCUCCAUCAUGCUCUGCGCUGAAGUGCUUAAUGAACUCUAACCUCUGCUGGUCUUCUUUCCUCUUGCAGCACCAGCAGACACUACUAAACCAGUUGAGGGAAGUUACAGGAACCACAGACGUUCAGCUGCUUCAGCAAGCCCUGCAGGUACACCAUGAAGCUGCAUGAGUUAGAAACCAAACUCACACACACACACACACACACACACACACACACACACACACACACACACACACACACACACACACACACACACACACACACACACACACACACACACACAUAUAUAGUGUCAGAGAUGAUACUUAAACAGCAUAUUUUGGGGGUAUGCAGUUUCGAAAAGUAUAAAUGAGGGCUGCAUUAUACGAUGUCCAGCCCUCUUACAUAAGGCCAGCAUGCUAUUAAAGUCAUAGUUGAACUUAAUAAAUCUCACUCACUGUGACCUUUAUAUUACAAAUGUUACUGUUGGUUAUUUGAAACAGCAGCCAAGGUCUUACCAAGAAACCAAAGCUUAGAAGAGCCUUACCUGAAACUCACUUCCAGUAAAGUUUGUUUUUGCUAAUUAUAUCCCUGUGUGUGUGUGUGUGUGUGUGUGUGUGUGUGUGUGUGUGUGUGUGUGUGUGUGUGUGUGUGUGUGUUUAUACCCAGCAGACAUAAGCCCUAACAAACACAUUGUUUUUGGCAGGUGAGCAAUGGAGACCUGGCUGAGGCUGUGGCGUUUCUGACGGAGAAGAAUGCCAAGGUUCCUCAGCAAGAUGAGACAACCUACUACCAGACAUCCCAGGUGGCCAGUGACAGAUACAUCAGUGUGGGCAGCCAGGCAGACACAAGUGAGCAGAGCACCUCAACUUUGAACAUGGAGACCACAGACAGUCGACUGUCUUUAAAUAGAUGACUUGAAAAAUUAAGUUUUCUUAUCAUGUAUAAAGACACUUGACCUUAAAAAUCUGGAAUUGGAAUUACACAAAACAUUGUAAUCAGUGCUGAGUAACAUGAUUGUGAAAUUGUUGAACUAUUUACACAGACAGUCUCUUACAAAGGGCUGAAACUCUUCAUCUUUACCGUUGAGAGACUCAGAUGCCCUUUUUUUGUACCCAGUUAUGUCACCAACUAGUUGAAAAGUAACGUCAUCAGUGAGGAGAUAUUUCUUCAGGUGUUUUUUGGCAUUACACACUUUUCAGUGUUUCAUUUUUUCUGGAAAAGGUUGCUCGUAUAAAUGAAGCACAAACAUGAUUUCAUGGGUCAGUGUUCGAAAGAGGAUUAGGGCCACAAGAAGAGAAAAAAAAUAAUGACUUUUUUUUUAUUUCCAUUUCGAGAUUUAAGUCAAAAUUUUGAAAUUAAUGUCGAAAUAUUAAAAAGUUGAAAUGAAAAAAAAUAAAAUUUCGACGUGACAGUCAAAAUUACAAUAUAAAAAAAAUAAGAAAUUACAGGAAUAUAGUCAAUUUCUUCUUUAAUCUCAAAUGUAACAUUUUUUAAUGUCAAAAUUUCAAUAUUAUGUAAUCUCGAAAUUUUGACUUUAAUCUCGAAAUUUCAAUUUUAAAUCUCGAAAUUUUAACUUUGUUGACAUACUUUUGAUUUUUUUAAUCUCCAAAUUUAGACUUUAAUCUGGAAAUUUCGGCUUUAAUCUCCUUCCCGUUAUUAUUCUUUUUUUUCUCUUCAUGUGUCCCUAAUCCUUUUUUGUAGUCAAUGCCAUUUUCUUGCACUAUUUCUAUAUAUAUUCAGUUUUGAGUUGAUUUGAAAACUAAGAGUUUCUGUUAACAUUUUACACAGCGUCCUACCAUUGAUUGAAUUAAAAUUGUACUUCAAUUAUUUAUUGAUCAAAAAUCUCCUCAGUUUAGAAAAUGGAUUGAUUUGUCAGGAUAGAAUAUACAAAAAAGAGGGUAUUUUGACUAUCAGGCUGUCAGUUAGUCAAACAAAUAUGUGAAGAGUUCACAUUUUCAGCUUCUGAAGAUACAAGAACUUUAUCUGGUUCUUGAAUACUGAGGUUAACUGAGUAUAAACCUCAAAGAUAAGAUCUGUUUACACUGAUGUAUUUGCGUGUGUUUUCAUAAUGCAGAUGUAAUUGAUCUGACUGGAGACGAUAAAGAUGAUCUGCAGAGAGCGAUCGCCCUCAGCCUGGAGGAGUCUAACCGGGCGUUCAGGGAGACGGGCAUCACGGAUGAGGAGCAGGCCAUCAGCAGGUGGGCUCAACAACACAUCACUGACUGAGAACAACGAAACAUGCCAAGAAAUUCUGGACGCAAACUCUAACCAAACACUUCAAACACCUACAUUCACCCAAUCCUUGGAUGCAUACCCACACUUAACAGCACCACCUACAAGCACUGGCCUUGGGUGGGUGAAAACAUAUCUUGUUUGCAUUGGUGUUGUGUAAUGUUGAAAGCUGAGCUGAAGUGAAUAAUAAGAAAACACAGGCCCUUUAAAGUAAUUAGGGAUGUCCUGAGCUGAACCUACGGAUUGGUCUGACUCUGAACCAGACAUUUUUUAUGGGUCAGUAUUGGAUAAGAUUAAGCUGAUUACAGUUUGGUCUUUUCUCUGCUGCCCUUUUCGGUUUUGGGCUGAACUCAAGUCAGAAAAGUAACUUUUUAUCAAGUGUUGUACCUGUUCUGACUGUCUAGUUUGGAGACAAAUCUACCCUCAGGUCAAAACUUGAGAUGGACAAACUCUUAAGGUGCACUCACACUGGGCAAUCCCUCCCAUACUCAAGUGAGUUUUGCCCUUAAAGUCCAGUUGUUUGACCAGCGUGAGUACUCUGUACACUUCCUCAGCCCUGGCAUGGUUGGAAGAGGUGGACUUGGUGUUUUUAUUUUUACUGGUACUCCACAUGUCAUACUAACAUAGAGAAGGUAGAGGUAGAGAGAAAACAGUCAGACUCUAAAGGUGUCUAGAUGUCAGAUUUGCUCAACAAAACCAGCUUCAACAAAAGAAUUCCAGGAAAAACAGUGAAAAUAUCACCAUUUUAAAGGGAGCAUUACAUGAUCAGGAUGACAUUUAGAGAAAUUAACACCACACUGACUGACUUCCAGGAAGAACAAGGAGGAAUCUGCUGACUGUGCUUGCUUUGAGAUUGAUACAGCACUGAAAACAACACAUUUUCUUUCCCUCCUACUAGAUACUGAAUGUCAUAGCAUAAGUAUCAUAUUUUCAAAUGAAACAUACUACUAAAUCAUUAGACAGCUUCAUGACCCUAAAUACUUGAAAGUACACAGAGAUUUCCUUUUUCUCCCUUUUGUGCAGUAUGAGGCACUUUAUCUUAGUUUAUGGUUAUAAUAACGAUGUCAUUGGUCAAUUAACUGACUAAUUUAAAUUUAAUGUGUUUGAUCACAGUAGUUGUGUGUUUUAUUACUGGUUAAUGUAGAUUGAUAACAUAUAUGGCCACUCAGAGCUUGUGUCUGUAAGUCGUCCUCUUAGCCUGGAAUCCUGGAAAUCUUCCUGGCAGGCAGAAAAAAGGCUAACCCUAAACUCUGCCUCAAAGUCAGUAAAGUUCUGAUCAUGUUUUCUGUGCUCCACUAUGUUGACUGAGACCAAGUCCUUAUUAAAUAAGAAUCUUAAAGGGGAAACUCACACUCUUAGAACCAUAUUGCACAGAAGCGUGAUUCGUGAGACGUAGAGAGACUACAGUGAACGAUUGAACAGAUGGAGGGACAUGUUACAACAUAAACUUCACUGAAACACCCAUUUGAUUUGUUUUCAAUCAUUUAUAAUUACACCAGCCCAAUGGCAGGGAAUUCUAACUUUCAUCUCACCCAAUUUGCAAGCAUGCAAUUAAAAAAUUACACAUGUAUAUACGCUUUACCGGGAAGUGAUAGUUAACAAACCAAAGUUUAGAAGUAUUGAGGGUCCAAAUUCCUUUAUUCUGACUAGUGGAUCUGUGUUACCUUCUUCUCUUUCAUUCAAGGCAACUGCCAUCUGUCACUUUCACAUCAUAAAAAACAAACAUCAGAUCAUUUCAGCUUUAGCUGAUUAAGGCUCUUUUUCUGAGUUACUUGACAUCAGGCCAGCGUUAAAGCUUGGCUGCUGUUUGGUGUUUGUGAGCACUCUGUAGCUGCCAGUCUGCUGUCAGGGUCAUACAUGAGGUAAAAGGAACAGUGUUACACUGUGUACAGCUGUGAUUCGACACAGUGUGCAUUGAUGUUACAACAUCUCAAACAAACUGAAGAAUCUUCUCUGGAGCAGAUUAGAACCAUCCUAUCUGUGUAGUCAUUGAACCCAAGAAGAAAGCUGUAAUUUGACUUUGUCCAAAACAUAUCAGACUGACUUUUAAGGUGAAUAUCUGCAUCAGAUCAGACAGUUGUGGCAGAGCAUCUGAUUAGAGUGGGGUUAAAAGGGUCUUUCAUAGUUAAGAAAUGCUGAACUUUAAAGGAAAAUUCCCUCAUUCAAGGGUUUCAUUUGGUUACUUGGUCUCUUUGUUUUAGAAGAGAGGAAAACUGAAGAUUAUCUGCUCCAGGUUAAAACAUUCUUCCUACUGAUCAAAUCAAAACCUCAAAACAAAGAAAAGAAACAAGCCACUCGACAAACCUUUGAGCCGAAAAAAAUGAUUUUUUUAAAGGACACUUCUCUGUGUUUUUGUUUAAAUCUCUGCAUUUAUUUCCAUCAAAAGUUUUGCAGAAACUUUGUCUUUUGAGAACACUAUUGAACAAAUAACAGUAAAGGUCAUUGUUAGACUUACUCUGUAAAGUUCACAGAUGGUCAUGUCUCUUUCUCUCUCUCUGCAGUUUGUUUUCAUUGCCUGAUUAAAAUGAAAUGAACGUUGAAACAAAAGAAAAGGUUGAGCUGUUUUUGCAGCCAGACCCUUUCAUGUGUUUUGGAGAGUUCUCGAUAACAGUGCUGAGAUAAUUUGGUUGGCAAAAGUAUUGACUGGCUUUGAUUUAUUUUACCUCAUGCAGUUUUCUCUUUUGUUUUAGAGUGCUGGAGGCCAGCAUUGCAGAGAACAAGGCGAGUCUGAAGCGCACCCACACAGAAGUGUGGAGCGAUUCGCCCAACCCACAUGACAGGAAGAGGAUAGAUGGCUGCCCUGUUGGGCUGAAAAAUGUCGGCAAUACCUGCUGGUUCAGUGCGGUCAUACAGGUGGGCAUGCUCAUUGAUAAACAUUGCAGUCCACCCUUUUCUUUUUGUUUCUGGUUUUGGUCUUCAAACACUUUUGUCUUGGAUUUUUCUAAUUUCCUCCAGCAUUCAGCUCUCACACCUACUCUGUUGGCAGUGAAAAACUGUGACUCUUAGUGUUCUUAUAUAUUUCCAUGUUAUGAUGCAGACUAGACUGGUGCUGACAUUAUUACCAGCUCAAAGAUCCCCUUGAAUGUUGAUAUGCUGGAGGAACAGAGGAAACUCUUCAGAGCAUUAGCCUGCUGUCACAAAGAGUCAGUCUCUUGUGUGCUUUGACUUGUUGGUAGAAUGUGGCCUGAGCUGAAAUAUGCCAGAUGAACACUGGAUACACCAUCACAUGAUGCCUGACUCCUGGAUGCUACCCCCCUUCCCUUAAGCUGAAGUCACUAUUUGAACCUGAUCCUGAUGCACUUGAUACAGGAACACCCGUAAACAACUUUCUCUGUUCUAAAUGAGAUACAAAAUCCUGACGACUUGUAUGUUUACUUUCACUGACAUUUAUAUUUAGAUUUGGAUUGUAUCCUUGAAAAAAUGAGACGGAUUAAAUGAUAGAUGAUAUGAUCUAGAGAUGCACUUCACUUCUCCAGGCCUAAGCUUAUUUAAAUAGGCAAAGUGAAAAACUGUCCUGUGAUCUGACAAAUCACAUCUGUGCAUCCAUUUUGGAAAUCAUGGAUGCCACAUCCUCUGUAACUUUGGAGAGACGACUCGGCUUAUUUUCAGCUCAAAGUUCAAAGGCAAGCAUCCCUGGUGGUAUGGGGUUGCAUAAGCACCUAUGGCACUGGUGCCUUACACUUGUGAAAGGCCACCAUCCACACUGGACAAUAUUAACAGGUUUUGGAGCAGCCUAUGCUGCUUGUAGAGUCCUGGUGCUAAACUAAUCUGCCUACGGUCCCAACUUGUCUCUCAUUGAACAUAUGUAGCGCACCAUGAAAGGGUAAUAAAACAAAGGAGGGUCUCAAAUAGGGCUGCACGAUUAAUUGAUUUAAAAUUGGAUUAUUUGAUUAUAUUGAUGUUAAACAAAUUGAAAUCAUCAAAUCGAUUUUCCUCGCUAUCAUGUGUCGCACCUCCAGGCCACAGUAGGCUCCCCCUUCCCGCAGAAGUGCUCCCCAGUUCCCACAUGCACCAGUGUAAACAAACAUGGUGUUUGCAAAAGAAGCCGAUCAUUUCGUGGCUAAAAGGGGCAAGAGCAAGUCAGUCGUGUGGAACUGGUAUGGCUUUGCAGUUUUGGAUGAAGAGCAAACCUCUCCCCUCUACAGUCUGUUUGAAGGCAGUAUCAACCCGUUCAAAAUUGAAAUGUAAAAUCCAGUUUUCAGAGAAAAAAAUCUGAAUUUAUAUUUUUGGCCAAAACCGUGCAGCCCUAGUCUGAAAGAUUUCAUCAGGCAAGACAAAUUUUCACUCUUGAAAAUCCUGGAACUUUUUCCUUUGUUCCCAAACAUUUGCUGAAAAAGCAAAACAGAUCACAACUGUUUACAAUUUAUUUCUGCAGCAAUGCCAUCAGAUUUCAAUAAUCUGGCUCAUCCAUGAUGCUUGUAUGAUGAGUAAAAGUUGAAAUCUAAUGACAUUUGUAUUUUAGAAUAUUUUCUUCACAAUGGGGACACAAACUUUGUAAAACAGCUGGUUUAUGCCUCACUGCAUCAUGUUGCUUCAUUGGACUUACUAACAUGCUUUCGUCUCCCUUCAUCUCCCAGUCUCUGUUUAACCUGCUGGAGUUCCAGAGGCUGGUGCUCAACUACUCCCCUCCAGCCAGAGUCCAUGACCUGCCUCGCAACCAGAAGGUAAGACCCUUGUUUCCUUUAUUCAGGCCCUGAGGCAGGUAAACAAAGCAUCCAUAACUGUGAAGAUUUUUGAAGGCUUUUUAGUUUGGUCGCCUGUGUUUGCAACCUCCCGUCAGCUCUGUUUACAUCAGCACAGCCUUUUUAUAGCUUUGUCACAGCUAGCAGUACAUUAGCUCUGAGGGUCUGACCCUCCCUGAGCUGUAAGCCACCGUUCAGCCACUGUGUGAUCUGGCCCUAAGGUUACAGCAGCUUAGUGUUUGGCCUCUUACUGUUCACAUUACUCAGUGCUAGCAAGAUACAACAAGUCCCCACUGGGGUGAAAUGUUUAAUGAAACAUCCUCCUUUUUUUUCUGUGGGGACCAAAGGGAACGCACACAGAGAGUGUUUUUAUGAACCGCAGUGUUUACAUUUGAGAUGCUGGAAAUUUUCGACACACAGUCACCACAUCAGAGCAAAGUGGAUCUCAGCUCGGUUUGUCCAUAGUUCCCCAACCCAGUCAUGACCAUAGUGUCAGAAGCCAGUCACUAAUCUGGUCUGAGCCUCUGCUGUGGAACUGUGGGAGUCAUCCCUUCAUAUAGGUUCCCCUGGUCCUGUUAGCUGACCUUUAACUUAAGCAGUAUGAGACCACUAGAGCUUAAAGCCUAAUCCUUACAUCAGCAUCCUUCUCUCAUGAGCACAGGACAGUCCGUUGGUAUUAAGCACCACUAAGUCAUGUGAAAGGUUGUGAGCAAUCUUCAGCUUCAACCCUAAAUGCCACUGAAUCAUACACACUUCUAAUUAAAGUCAUAUCACUGGGUACCAUGGUUACAACACAGAACCGAAAGAUGAGCCCUGUAGAAUAACUUGUAUCAGCAGUCAUGCACUGCAGAAAACUCAAAGCACACCAAGUGCACUUUUCUUUUUUUGAAUCAAAAUGUUUCAUUACACUGAAGUCAAGUCAAAGUUCAUUUAUACAGCACAUUUCAAAUAACUGCAGUCGACCAGGCAGUUCUACAAGCUUAAAAGAAGACCAAUGAGAAGUGAAUUUCAGGAUAUCACACUCAUUUAGUAUUAAAGCCAAUGCAAAUAGAUCUGUUGUAAACAAUGACCGAGGCACACAGCAGGUCCUGUACUAAAAGCGGACUGUUCCAUAGUGUGGGAGCAACCACUGCAAAAGCCCUGUCACCUCUGGUUUUUAGCCUGGAUUUUGGGACAUUCAAAAGCAUUUGAUGUGUUGAGUUUAGUGCUCUGGGUAGAUCAUGUUGGUACAACAACUCAGACAGGUAUGACGGUGCAAGUCUAUGAACAGUUUUAAAAACAAGUAAUAGAAUAUGAAACUAAAUCCUGAAAUGACACGAAGUCUGUAGAGUGAUGUGUUCCCGCCAUCUGUCGCUAGCUGGUAAAUGUGCAGCUACUUUUUGACCCAUCUGUAAAUGACAUCAGGACGAGUGGUCAACACUAAAAUACAAAGAAUGACAAUAAUCCAAAAGAGAAGUAAUGACAAUGUAUAUGAUCCUCUCAAACUUGUAUAGAGGAAGUAAGGCCUUAAGAGGCGUUUAUUUUUACAGCUGAGCUCAUCUGUUGAACAGUUUGAAAACAGUCAGAAAUCCUUUUUUCAGAAAGAUGACUGUUCAAGGCCGUUGGGCAAAUAACACUAUUAAUGCAUAUUCUUUCCCUUUCUUUUCAUUUAGUCUAAACUCAACGCCAUCCAAGAUUUAACACAUUCAGGGCAGUUCAAUAUUGAUUUAUUGUCUGUUUUUAUUGGCAGAUAAAUGUGCAAAUUAUCUGCAAAACAAUGAAAAGAAAUGGUUAAUUUUUUCAAAAACUGACCACAGAAGAAACGGCAAGAAAGAAAACAGCACAGGAUCUAAAACGGAGCCUUGAGGGAUUCCAAAGAAUAUAGUUUUAUUUAAUAUAGGCCAUUGAAAUAUAAAAUUGACUCAAAAGGUUUUCUAAAAUGGAUUUUCAUGUUGAAGUCUUAUUUAAAGGCAUUUUACAAGAACAUUUCAACUGCUGCACUGGUAGUAAUUUUUGCUUGUUGCAAACAACUCAGGUUUAAUUUUUUUGUAUGAAAUUUAUUGAAGUAAGAUAUUUCAUUUUUCUUGUUAGUUAAUUGUUGCUUUGGUAUAAUUAGUGGGAUAUUUUGACCAGAAUUUAGACACAUACACACAGUAAGAUUUGGAUGUAUUGUAUGUAAGUGACGAUAAAGUCAGUCUAAACUUGUUGCUCAUCUGUAAAAGAGCACCUUAGCUGGUCAUUAUUUUUUAUAUGCAGAUGUUUUAUAUGAAAGUUUGACCUAAAAUAAAACUUAAACAGUUCAAAGAAACUGGUUAAACUUAAUUCAAGCCCUCCAUUAUGAAAUAUAAAUUCAAUAAAAUGCCUCAACUUUAACUCUUGGAAAAAAAAAAAAAUAACAGUUUUACUGAGUCUCACUAUGUUUUGUAGCCACUUAUCCAGCAUCUAUGACCCCAGCCUGAAAAGCACAUAUUCCAAUUAAAGAUAUAAAUUUGUAAUAAUGAAUCACACAAGUAAACUUUUAACUACUCUUUGAAUUUUACACAAAUUUCCUUACCACAGAGGGACACUUAAAUAUAUUAUUUGAAGUAGUAUCUCAAAAGGUACUUUUGUCAGGGGGUAUUUUCAAUUUUCCUCUGAGAUAAGGAGCACUGAUUUAUCAUGUGAUGGAUUUACUGACCUGUUGUUUGUGUUUCUCUGAGCAGGAGCACAGGAACCUGCCCUUCAUGCAGGAGCUGAGGAACCUCUUCUCCCUCAUGGUUGGCUCCAAGAGGAAAUAUGUGGAUCCAUCACGAGCUGUGGAAAUCCUCAAAGACGCCUUCAAGUCUAGUGAGUCGCAGCAGGUAAGCCUUGAUCUGCUUUUAAGUGGGUUAAUAACAUUCACUAAGUUCAGACAGUGUCAGAGAAAAGAACUUCAUAAUAACAUGGAGAGCAUUUCCACUUCAUGGGUUAAAUAGAUAUCAUAGAUAGAUAUGCUCAUAUCCUAACAUUUUAUGAACAUUUUUAUCAUGUUUGUGAAUUUUUUUUUCACAUCCUACGAAAACAUCCAUUAUCUGACAAAACAGAAGACAGUAAGGUAUCCAUGGUGAUUAGAGGCCUGUCAUAUUUACCCUUACAAAACAUUUCCUACUAGCUUUAGGAAAAUAUUGGAUGGCUUUUAUAACUGUCCAUGCAAGUUACCAACCAAACUGCCUACCCUUGUUAAAACUAGUGAGCACCAUAAAUGUAUGCAUUAUUCAGAGGUAUAACUGUAAGAAAACAUGAAUUAAUAAUAACCUUUUAAUGAGGAAGAAAAGACUCAGUAAUUAAGUUUAUAAGGACCAGCAUCUGGGUUAAAUAUUAAACACAUCUUUUUGGGCUAAAGCAGCAACAAGACUUGCAAGGUUAAAUGAACCCAGCAUGUAUUGGCUUUAAUUAGACCCAUCAGUGUAGUUAAAAACAACAACCAGGCUUGUUUUUAAUGUUGCAUUCGUAGGCUUUAAGUGAACAUGUCCAGCAGAGCUCCUGAUUAACUUUUUCACCCAACUUCAGAAAGUUAAAAGCACCAGACACAUUUUCAGAACAACCACUAAGGGCACCAUAACUAGCAUAAACAAGACUUGUCCCAGCAUUUCCUGUGUUUGGAGGAUGAUUUCCAGCACAGUUUUGCCUGCAACCAGCACCCCACAGGCUUUACAGUGAGCACAGUGCACUCAGCUGUUUGCACAGCACUACUGAGACGACCAGCCACUCUCCCAAAAUUGUGAACCUUUUUCACUGCUGAUGCAUCCACAUUCACACCACUGUCCCCACUGCCAACUCUACUGGGCUUUGGAAAGGUCAAUCGUAGGGCUAAACGAUUUUGGAAAAUAAUCUUAAUUGCAAUUUUUUUUCCUCAGUAUUGCAAUUUAAUCUGCAAUUAUUUUUUCAAGGUCCUCUUCUAAUGUAUUUUACAACAGUCAGUCUAUAUUAUGGUAAACAAUAUCAGAUUAAUUAUACAUAAAUUGUUCUCUCUGGCAGUUAUCAUUUCACACACACACAGGCUCUCUCUGCUCACACACUAUCAUGCACAUGUCCUCAUAUACGUCAUGAUACUAAUCUACAUACCUUUUGUUACAUGGCAACAUGUAAUCAGUAACCAAAACACUAGAGUCUGGUCUGUUCAUUCAGCUGUGCUACCAUCACCAUAUUGGAUGUGUUUUCAGUCGUUAUGCAGAUGUGGUUUAAAGUUGAAGCGCUGUUCGUUGGUGUUUUAGCCAUUCAACUAUUAUGCACAGGGCUCGACAGUGCGACCGUUUCACUCGCAUUUGCAGCUAAAAAUAGAUGUAUGCAAAUUGUAAAAUGUAUUUAGGGGCACGUGCGCAUAAAAAUAAAUCAGGCGAGGCAACAAGUGUGUUUUCAUGUAAAUACCGCGGUGAAGUUAGUACAAGUUGGAUAUUCAAGGGACAUUCACUGCAGAUCUACCGGUGUCCUCUCACUCUCCAUAACCGGGAAUAGCAAUGGCAGCGUGAUUAAAUCUACACCGCGGUGAAGUUAGUUUUAGGUUGGACAUCCGAUAGACAUUCACGGCGGAUCUACCGGUGUCUUCUCAAUCUCCACAAACGGGAAAAGCAAAGUCAGCGUGGUUAAAUCUACUCUGCACCCUCACUGUCAACAUCGGGUGUUGAAUAAGGGAUCUUUCCCACUUCAGCUCUUCUGAUUACACACGAAUGAGCUGUUUGUCAUGUGACACUUGAACCCAGUGAGAGGGAGUGAAUGACGACUAAUAAUAACCAAUCUAAAAUCAGCACUGAAAAACAAUAAUAUCAAGCUGACAUUUAAUUUCUCAUCUAAGUGCUUGAUCAUUCGACACUGGGGUUGAUCAGUAAUAUCUGCUUAAUAGACAACUGUGGCGCUCAGUUGAGGUCACAAAGCAGACAUAAAUACUCAAGCAGCAGUUACUGCAGCCAUGGUUGAAAAAGAGUCACAUCAAGACUAUUAUUUACACCCAUUGAAAUACUUUUAAGCAUAUUUUGAGGCUGCACAGGUAAGGUGGAUAUAUGAGGAAGUAUUUAUGACCAAAUGUUUGCAGUGAACAGAACCAAACAGAAGAAUUAACUGUCAUUGCACAUGUCACAAGUACAGAGCAACGAAACUGCAUUUCAGUUCAACCCGUCCAGUAGACAUAAAAAAAAGGGUGUGUGUUCUUCGUGUAUGUGUAAGCCUGUGGCUUCGUCUCCACUUCAGUCCCACCCAUUCGUCCCUGCCGUCUGAUAACUGGCGAUGACCUUGGAGAGUUCUGAUCCAGAAACAAAGUUCACAGGAGGCGGGGGGUGGGGUGGGGGCUGGUAGGGCUGAGCAUCUGUCUGCAUAACAUCCAGGAGUGGAGACAUAACAGCCUUCCAAGGCCAGUAAGAGGGAGCCAAUGAUGAAGAUAACAAUUCAUUUUAGGACAGGCAGACUCUGUGACUUUCCAUCCACCUUCAGUCUCUCUGGUCUCUGAUGCUCUGAUGGGGUUGACCCAAAUAUCCGAAUUUGGUGGCCAAGUCAGCCGAGCCGGGCUGUCAGCUUCUCCAAGGUGGUAUCCAUAGUGCGAAGGAGUUCUUCAAUCACAACGAGCCUGCGAUUUCGAUCAAGAAUCGCAUCCAGCUUGCGAUUAAGCUCUGAUAUCGCUUGAGUCUGAGUGUCGACAGCCCUACACAUUCCCUUAGUCAUAACGGGCAGCUUCCCAGUAUCCAAAAGUGCUGCAAACGUCUUCCAAACUGUGCGAUAGAUCAGGAAGCUGCUAACUCCAAACAUCAGAAUGCCUGUUAUCAUAAUUCCAGUUAUGUAGACAUCCUCAAUGGAAAGAAUCGACAGGUACACAACCCUCCACUUCUCCCAGGAGUCCAAUGUGUAUCCAGCAGCAAAUGUUCCGUCAGGGCAGGCGGGUCUCCUUUACCCAGUCUUCUCGUGGAGAAAAUUUGGUCGAUUAUGUUGGGAGACCAGCUGAUCAAAUCAAUGAUUUUAGGUUUUGGAGAGAAAUGCAGAGAGAGGCUGCAGUAGUUUAGACAGACAGCACAAGACAAAGAGCAGCAAGCAGGGCAGAUAAGGUUAGGGAGGGAGCGAGAGGAAAAACACCCGUCUUUGUUGAGAGCAGAAGAUGUGAGGUGUGAAGCCCUGUCCAGGUGUUUUAGGGGGGGGAGUAAAUUGUCACCAUUCAUUCUGAGAUCAGUUCAAUCCUGACCAAGGCUUUAUUAGGAUUCAUCAAAUGGUGUUAAAAAACAUGGUUCUAGUAUCCAGACCCAUGCUGUAAAUUUAGAUUUUUGGAAUAAUCAUUCUGCAAUAUUGAUUAGAUUGCAAUUAAAAGUCCAGCCCUACAAUGAACCCUAAGGGACAUACACUGCUGUCUGAGAGUUUGAUAUCAGUUUGUGUGAAGGCGUUGCAAAAGCACGAGAUGUACAGCAUUUGGAGAAACAGCAGGUUUUUUGGCUCUUGCAAUGUAUUAUUAACAACAACAACCAACUUAAAAAAAAAAAAAAAAGUACAGUAUUACUAAUUGGUUUAUGGUAGAGAGGAGGAGUGAUGGAAGAUGCAGAAGGGAGGUGCAACAGCAGCAGAAGACUCAGUUAUCACCCAGCUAGUCUUAGUUAGCUGGCCUUUGCCGCAGCCUGUGUCCUCUACUGCAGAUGAAAAAUGAAAGAGAGGUGUCCUACCCAAACAAAGAUUCCUUGCCAGUUUGGGAGGUUUUUUGGAUGUCAUGAAAAAAACAAAGCAAGUGUUUGAUGUAAAGUGUAACAAGGAGUAGGAUGCAGAAAAGGCAAUGACUUUAAUUUGAAGUUUCUGUCUUGGGACAAACAGAUGAAGGUCAAAACAUAACUUUGAACUUCAUUAGAAAUGGAUGGUGACAUGUAAGUAAGUCAAAUGUGUUUAUUGGUAGAGUUUAUGAAAUAACAUGGACUUGUGUACACCACUUCCUUGAUUUGACUUAAGAUUUUUUGUUCAAUUUUCCAUAAAUAUAAUAUCUUGUAUUUUUUGGCCACAAUAAUUGUGAGGUUAAUAUUUGAUAUCUGGCAACCUUACUAUGCACACAAGCACGCGCACACACACACUCAGUCACUGUCAAUGUUUAAUACCCCGCCUCCUCUAUUCCUUUCAUGCAUAAAGCUUGAAUGCUCAAUAACACCGUUGUUCCACUGAGUCAGCCAGACUGAACCUACGACACUUAACCUCUCCUAUCUAAAACUAUUAAUCCUCAAACCCACAUCAUUCCCUCUGAACUGUGCAAGAAAUAAUAUUGAUGAGGAAUUAGCUGUUCUUCACCAAUAUCCUAUAACGUGUCCUAACUGUUAGGGCCUUGUCCUUACAUAAGCAUUCACACUAAGCCAGUGGCUGUGCAGAGGUUAACUGAGGUCAACCCUCUGGCCUCUGCGCUCAUCAGUCAUGUCACUACUCUGUGUAUACGUAAGGUUGGAGGGGCACUGACCUGAAUUAGCGUGUGGCAUUGAUGUCCAUAGGAGAGUGGCCUUGCCGUGUUCAGGUUCCCUUUGAGGUUCAGCGAUCAGUGGGCGAAGACAAGUCAUCUUUUAUCCCAGGCUCAGCGUACGGCAGCACAUGACAGAUAAUGGCAUCGAUUUGAAUGAUUAGACUUUCUUGCUUGUAACUGCAGUUUGACUCUGUGUGUGAUGUUCGUAUCCCUAAAGAUAGUUGUGUAAUUGCCCGUUUUGUCUGUUCUGUCUGUGCCUUUGCUCAACAGCAGGAUGUGAGCGAGUUCACCCACAAGCUUCUUGACUGGCUGGAGGACGCCUUUCAGAUGAAGGCUGAGGAAGACAGGUAAACAUAUACUGUUUUGAGGAUCAGAACUUUACAGUAAUUCAGUAUUUGUUGGCAGUGUUGCAUCAAAACCGAAAUUUAAGUAUCAACUGUAUAAUUUUGAAUUUUGGUGUUUUAGAAGCACUUCAUAUACCUUUUAAAUAAAAGUAGGCUAGCUCUUUUACAUCUGUGCAACUGAAACAUCAGUUCAAACUGCAAAGAGGGGUAUUUUACCCAGAUAGUGCUACACUGACACCAUCAUGACUAAGUGUAGCUCCUACCAUCACCCUCUGAAUUUCACCUAAGCUGACUGAAAAUUCUUCGCCAUUCAUUAUGUUUGCUUCACUUCGCUGAACAUGCUAGAAAAGGCAACAUGCACCGAGCUGGUGGUGCCACCUCUCAUCAGCCAUUCUCCUUCAAAGAAAAAGUGACACACUCUUGAAUGAAUAAAGUUCUAUAAUGAUGGUCAGAUUGAACGACUUCUCAAUAUGAAAAAAGAAGUGACCAUCAGAAGGGGAUGACACGACCCCAAGUUACUUGGUCUGACUUCCAAUUGACUCUUGGCUAUCAAUGAUUAUAUAGGCUUAGCUUGAUUGCAGUAUCUGUAGCAUGCAGGAUUGCAAACUCUGCAUGAUAAUAACAGAUGGCACUAGAGAGAGCUACAAAGCUGCAUAUAAAUUGCACAUUGUGUACCUGGCUGACUGCAAUAGAAAUGUUAGGUUUUUUUCAUUUCUUUCAUAACCAGCUGGACACUUCACACCAGAGCUUUAUGUUUUCAGAAAAAGAAAAUGCAAUGUGCUGUCGGAGGUUGGAGUUGCUGAGGGGUCUGCAGUUCUUAUUCUAAGCAUUAUGAACGGUGUAAUACAACCUAAUACAACAUCCCGACCAUAAAUCUACUUUUACAAAGCCUCUUUAUUUUCUGUUUUCUUUGACACAGUCAAGCAGGUUUAAGAUGUAGUGAGUGUUGGUGGUGCUUUAUAUUGAAAGAUGCUCCUGAUAUUUUGCUCCCCUCAUACAUGUUAAUGAAUGGACAAGUACUGUAUAGGGAACACCUCUCUUAAUAUAAACACACUCCAGAUCACCACCAACUCCACCCACUACAACUUGAAUCACAGCUAUUAGGCACAGUGGUUGUCUGAUCAAGCCACCAAAAACUGGAAAUGUAGAAACAUCCUGAAAGGGCUGUUGUAUCAGAUUGAAUUAGAUCACCAAAGUGAUUAUAAUUUGGUACUUUAAACACCUCCAUUGAUGAGACAGGACAGUAAACAGAGACUGAAACAGGGAAUAGAAAGUGGGGAAUGACAUGCACCAAGGUCUGGCGGCAUCAGUAGACUCUAGGUAAAAACACACAGAUCAGAGCCUUUAGAAAAACUGCAUCCACAGUUAUCCGGGAUAUUUCAGCUUGGUCAUUUUCACUGUAAUACAGUAAGAGUUCCAUAUAAGGCAGGUAUAAAUAUGGCUGGUUUGAGAAAACAGCCAUGGAGUCAAUUUGAAAAUCCAAUUUUGAUGCUUUUAACAUGAAUAGACAAAGAGAUCUCCCCUUUUAGAUAAACAGAUGUUAUAGAGACUCCCUAUAAGAUAAAACCAUACCGUGACAGCAUGGUAGUUUAGACCUCUGGCAGUUCUUGUCCCCUUGUUCCUAAUGCUCAGAAGUCACCAUUAUAGAUUCAAAAAGAAUGAAACGUCUGCUGUACACAUCGAGAUGAAACAAAGACAUCCCAUGUCGAUAACUCCGCCUUUGUUUUGUGCUUUCAGGGAGGGUGAGAAGCCAAAGAACCCCAUGGUGGAGCUUUUCUACGGUCGCUUUCUGGCUGUGGGCGUCCUGGAAGGUGAGAUGAGCUGUUAAAUUAAAACCAAUAAAGAGAAAAAAAGUGAGGGGUAGCCAGAGAAUCACAGAGAGUUACAGCAUUAACUCGGCCUGAUUGCAUCAGCCAGAAAGCAAGCAAGUCCUCGCCCCCAGUAAUGAAAGGUGACCUUGUCUUAAUGAGAUGUGGUCCAUGUAAAAGAGGAGCGUGGUUGCAUUGAUUGUGGAAGACCUUGAUGGCUGAUUGACAUUGUGCUUAUUAUGCAUGACAAUACUGGCCCAGAGCCACCGAAAGCUGGGCCAGUGGACUCUACUGCUCAUAAAACGACCUUAAUGCCUCAUCUGCAUGUCCGCUAGCAACUCCUCUGUCUUUUUUUGGGGCUUCUCAUCAGUAGUUGGAGCAGGGAGGUCUGUGCAGCUGUUAAAUGAUGAGUGAGUGACUGCUGAACAAGUGAAAAAGCAGCUCGGAUGCAGACGGGUGUGAAAUGGCUCGUUAUUGCUUCUUCUUUCACGCUCUCUGCUUCUCCAACUCCGCUGUCACGCCUGACAGAAAUUUGACCAUUGUACAGUGUGUGAUAUGAUGUAUAAGACCCACUUAGUUGUUUCUCUUAAACAUACUGAUGACACAGCCUCAAUGAGUGAACUUCUAAAAGGCAAAAACUAACUUUAGAUUAACAUUUUAAUUGGGAUCAGCAAGUAAUUGGAACCCCGGUUUUAUUUUGGUAUAAAAUGUUGGUAAUAAUAAUUACAAUUCAUCUCUGCCUUAUAUUUAACUGAAAAGGGUGGAAUGACAAUAAAUUUUGAGAAAUAUUUCUGUACUAUGAAAAAUGUAUGUUCAUUUUAAAUUUGGGGCAGGGAUGAUAAGCAUGAUAAGUUUUGUGUUUGUAUUACAUCUUUAGAGGUUUGGAAACUGAGGACAUUAGCUUUUAGAGUUUUAAGUUAAGUGUAACGCACUUUGUGUUACAUCAUUUUGUAUGAGAGUGCCUUAUAAAUGAAGUUUGGUUUGAUUUUGUCCCAUUCUGGCCUGAUAAAGGGUUUCAGCUGACCAACAGAUCAGGGCUUUCUUUUUUUGUACAGUGUGGAUUGUGUCCUGAUGCACUAAAUGUUUUUUUAAUGGUGACAAAUCAGUACUGCACCAAGACUCCUCUACUUCAGUUCUGUUGUAAAAUGUGCUAAAAUACAGUUUGGCAUCUUCUCCCUGUGUUAUGCAAGCUCCUCCUAGAGAAAGCAUUGUUUGGAUGGCAGUAUGUGUUGCUCCCAGUCCUGAGAAUAUCAUUCAGCUCAGCUGUAUUAGUUCCCCAUGCCUUGGACACUCAUGCAUCCUUAUACUGUCAGUGAAGUUGUUGUUGACUGCCUGCAGACAAUAAGCGCUCGGUGGUCCUUCUCCUCUUUGGAGCAGAGGGCGCAGCAUCCAUGAUUCCCAAAAUGGAAGUCAAAUUUUGAUUCAUCUGGCCACAAGACAGUCUUUCCUUUUGUCCUCGGUUUGUCUUGAACUGGUUCAGGCUUCAGUAAGUUUCUGAAAUUUUGGGAUUUUGUUUAGGGUUAAUUUUCUCUUAGCAGGAUGUGGAUGCAGUAAUAAACUCUGUCCACAGGCAGUUAUUUUUGAAGGUGAUUUUGAGCCUGUGCAGCGAUUUCCAUCACAGAGUCAUGUCUGUUUUUAGCGUAGUGCUGCCCGAGGGCCUUAUCUUCACAGCUGUCCAGUAUCAGUCAUUGGCCUUAUCUUGUUAGUGCAGAAAUUUCACCAGAUUCUCUGAAUUACUUCAAUAUUAUGGACUCUAAAUGAUGAAUCCUUAAUCUUCCCUCACCUAGUCUCUCACUGAGUAGUGAAUUUCUCUCCAGCUUUACCCCUAAAGGAAUCCGCCUCUCUGGAUUGCUCUUAUUAUCCCCUGAUGUGUUACCAGUCUGUUAAUGAAUGUAAUUAAAUGGAAGAUGUUCCUCCAGGUAUUUUUUCUUGUAGCAUCACACAACUCUCAGUGUCCCUGUCUCAACUGUUUUGACUUGUUGCUGGCAUCAAAUUUAAAAUUAGAGUAUCUUUUCAAUAAAAAAAAAAAAAGUUUUUUUCAAUUUGACAUUUUUUAAUUGUCUUUGCUCUUCUUUUAAUUUGAAACAUGCCUUAAAUGAUCUGAAACCCAUCAAAUUCUGUUUUUAUCAAUGAUUCUGUGUCCCAGCUCUUCUGAAUUUAGGGCUUGUAAUUCUCAAAGAUCACAUGAAAUCAAUGUCUUGGCAUGUCCUGUUUUUGAUAAGCCAUGGAUAACAUUGAUAUCUUUAAACCUGCAGUUUGUCUGGACUGAACAGGAGUGGAUUUUUCUGUUAUCUAAAAUAAACGGAUGAAAGAUUCAUUUCCCAUUGUAUUAGAAAAUGUGCUUGAAUUGACCGUCAACAAUGACUCCUCACUUGUCUUCAUGUAAAGUUAUGUUGCCUUGCGUUUCCUUAGAAGACGGUAGCAUAUGCUCUAAAGAAGCAAAGCUGACAAAUGAUCUCUUAGUGUCGAAAUGAGACUGUGGAUAGAGAACAGAGAAAAAAAAAGGAAUCAAACUCAUCACUUUGAUUAAUGUGUGUAGCAGUCAGAGUGGGUGGUGUAGGUUUACAGUACAACACAGAGUUCCUUUUGGUCAUUAUAAGGUCUUAAAGUUUUAAGAGAUUAAAAUGAUUAAAUGCUGAAAAUAAGAAACGAUCCGGCAAAAAUUUUGUCAAUAUGAGGCUUCUUUAAAUUCUGCUGAUUCAAAUCUUUUUAACUUCGAUCUUAGAUAAUUUAUGGUUUCUCAGUGUAAAAGUUAAGGACAACAUUGUGAAAUACUUUAUUCUCUUCUUUUUACAGGUAAAAAAUUUGAAAACACUGAGAUGUUUGGGCAGUACCCUCUGCAGGUGAACGGUUUCAAGGAUCUCCAUGAAUGUUUGGAGGCGGCGAUGAUCGAGGGCGAGAUCGAGUCGCUGCACUCGGCAGAAAACUCUGCCAGGUCUGGACAAGAGGUCAGUAAAAAAAAGCUUACAUAACAUUUUGGUGCAGAAGAAGAUAAAAUCUAUGGUUAGUUUUCAUGCCUGGAUAGUAAUGACUUGGUAUUAAACUGAUGUUAGGUUGUUGAAAGUACGAUCAUUUUAAUACCAUCUCAUUCUGUGGGUUUAAAAACAUUACCAUUCCUGUCGGCUCUGUUGAGUCUGCAGUGAUGUGGCUGUGAAAAAUGUGCGGUCACAUUUCCAACUAAAGCCACAGAAUGAGCAGAAUUUUCAACCCUGAUAUUCUAACAACCCUCUUGAAUAUAUAAAAAGCUUGCUGGCACUGUAAGUAAAUAGUUUAUGGUACAAGAGCCUGCCCCUACAUUUCCCAGAAGCCAAACACUGAGUCAGAAACGUCCUUUCUCAUGAAACCAGCUUCAGUUUCCACCAAUCAGUUUCAUUUUGGAGUCAGGUUCAAUCAUUUUGGGUUACUGGGUGGAUCCUCUCCAAAGUGUUGACCCCCUGGCCUAUGUGUGACACCAGAGCUGUUCGGAUUUGACCUCCUCUCAGCUGUAGCCUGGUCUACACUGUCCCACAGCAGCAGGCGGCAGCUAAUUAUCAGGCCAGUACAUAGACGAGUGUGGCACCCAGCCAUCAGCAGAGCAGCAGCGAUGCUCUUCACAUCAUACAAGAAGACAUGAGAGCACAUGUUGAGUCUGAUGAUGACACUCUAAUGUUUUAUUUGAGAGGACAUAGAUAAUACAGAACUCUACGGUUCAUUAGCUUAUUUUUAAGAGAGAAAAGUGGAAUUUCAUUGGAGCAGAAUAGAUCAUUUUCACCCUCAUUAUAUUGCACUGAUGUCACUGUGGACUCAGAGCUGGACAGUGUGCACCUGCCUUUAUUAAUUCAGAAAACUAAAUUAUAUGGCAGAGUUUUUUUAAAGAGUUAUAAUAAAAAAAAAAAACUUCAGAUAAUUGUUUUUGUCUUUGUUUAUAUUAAUAAUGAUUAACAGGACCCACUUGUUCCAGUCCCUACUGUGUAUUUUAUCAAUUUAGGGGUCUGUGUUGGUGUGAUCAAAUUGAUUUUAGAAACACAAAAAUCUAACGGUUUUAUUUUGAAUCAAAAAUGUGGAGGUCAUACUUUUUUGGAUUAACAUUAAUUACACGAACGAUCUUAGGAAGAUUUAUACCAAUAAAAACAGUUUCAAACAGACUCAAACAUGCUUGGCAUUUGAACUUAGGACAACAUAACAGUUUGAGAUAUUUUAACAUUUUAAAAGCUCUUUAAAACAAAUACAGUUCCUUUGUUGUUCAAACUAAACGUAAAAGGCUGGAUGUAAUUGCUGGUGUCACACCCUAAUCGAUAUGCUCAUUAAAUGGAGGUUAAAGUAAUAUUUGAAUAGUUUUACUUGUAAUCAAUAUAAAUAUAUACAUAUAUACAUAUAUAUAUAUAUAUAUAUAUAUGUUUACAAUUUUGCUUCAAAAUAAAAUACUUUAGGUUUCCUUCACAGUCCUCAAAAUAAAGGAUUUAGUUUAUCUUUUCUAAGAAAGUAUCAGGGUGUAGCUGAGUGCCUUUAUCACAUUUACAAACAUACAUAAUCAAAACUGACAGCAGAACAGUAACUUUACUCAUCUAUUUAAAUGCUCUAAAAAUCAGACCAUCCACUAAUCCUUUUUUUUUUAAUUUACUACUUAAAAGUGUUAUCAGUGGUCUUUAAAAUGUGAUUAAGAAGUUUUUUAGCCAAUAUCAUGUUACCCGUGUCAUUUUCAAGGGCUUUUCUUCUGCAGAGCUCCAGUAGCUCAUAAGCAAUUCACCUCUGAGUCAUGGGUGGAGACAGCGCUGCUUUACACACUCCUCUUCAUGCUAGCUUGUAGCCUAACAUUGCCGGUGUAGUACAAGUGGCAGGUAACAUGGAGGCUAUUCAGCUCUCGGACACCAAUGUCUUUGGGGACAUGAUGAAAGCUAAGAUCAUAGUUAGCUGUCUUACAAGCAUUGCAAUCUGCUAAGGCACACGCUUGUUAUGCGAUAGUCCUCCCUGUUUCUCCAAGUCUGGCCUGCAUUGCGGGGCUCAGGGGGCGGAGCUUGGAUUUGUGAUGUUGGAAAUCUCACUGUGUCUGAGCCUGCAGUUUGGAUCUGCCAGAGAUUCACAGCGAUAUGAAUGCAGAAAUACUCAGAAAUGCAAUUUCACACUUACUUAUCUCAUAAUAUGUCCUGUAGCAUCAGAAAAUGAACAUGUAAAAAACAAGAAAAACAUGAUUUUCAUCAGAGUGGGUCUUUAAGCAAAGAGAAACAUUCCUCAAGCAAGCUGGACCAAAAGCUGACUGUGUACAGUCCACUUCGCCAAAUUUUCCACACCUCUUUAAAACUGUUAAAAAACAAUUUGUCAGAUCACCCCCACCCCAAACUCCCACGCAGCCCCUCCUCCGCUCAUCAGCUGUACCUGCCAGAAAGUGAAUCAACAGGGCGAAGGAUAGAGGGCAGUAUUUAUGACUCACGUUGACUGGUUUUUAUGUUAGGAGUAUUUCAGGAAUAUUAAUUUGACAAGAUUUUAGGUUUGUUUCUCGAGCUUUAUUGUUUGGUUUUAUAGGAACUUUACUGCCUUUGUCUGUGUAAAUUUAAGGUAAAUAUUAAAUUCUAACAGCCUCAUUAGCUUUUAUGCUACCUAAUGCUGCACUUAAUUCAUGUUAGAAUAUGGUUUAACUACAAAUUGAUCACAACUUAAACAAUGUGAUUUUUUUAAACUUUACUAUGUCUUUUUCCUAGUUUGAUUAUGACUUUAUUUUUAUAUGACAUUGUUCUUGUAACAUUAAUUUAUUCUAGACAUACGAAAACUCUUCAGUGUGGCCCUAAAACUCCAUCAUACAUCUGACAUGGUUGUGAAUGAGCUGAACAAGCUUUAAUUUUUCUUGUUAACGUCACUGUGUGUUACCCUACUGUGUCUGGAUCCAUCAUGUCUGUUGGCUGCAAAGCAUCAAAUAGUUUCCUCAAGCCUGAAUCAAAUACUGGAGAAUGAUAAUCUAUAACUUAUUCAUGAGCCAGGUUUGAUCACCUGCUGCUAGGGCUACGAGAAUCACUUGAUGAUAGGGGACAACAACAACAACCCUGAUACUACACAGCAACAACCGCUUCACAGAACAUCGCAAUUAAAGUGAUGGUUAGAGUAAAUUUUUGAGCUUAUAAAACAUAAAUAAUUUCAAUUGGCAUAACUCUUAUGUGAGCUUGAGCUCAUUCAGUUGCUGCAAAAAAUAAGGGGCACUUUGAUAUUGCAAAAAAAAAAAAAAAAAAUAGAUGAUAUAACUAAAAUACUAAAUUUGGCCAUUCUUAAUAUAAACUUCUUGAUUAUCAAAAAUAUAGUCUUAUGUUUUUGUACUUUUUCUUUAGUGAAAUUCUGUAUUGUAUAAAACUUGUUGGGGUUUUUCUGUACUGUGGUGUGACUUCUGCUGAGAGAACUUGGAAAUUGUCUGUUUUUUUUGUUUGUUUGUUUUAUUGUGUGUCAAACUAAGGUCCUCUUUUCUCAUAAUCUAAUCACAACCUGCCCCAAAUCUAAAUAUUUAUGCUACAAUAACUGAAGAUUUCCUCUGGGGAAGAAUGCAAACACAACUAGGUUGUUAAUCUGAUGAUUAUGUAUUUCUGUUUCAGCACUGGUUCACAGAGCUUCCUCCUGUGUUGACCUUUGAACUGUCAAGAUUUGAGUUUAACCAAGCACUGGGACGACCUGAGAAGAUCCACAACAAGCUGGAGUUCCCCUCCAUGCUCUAUAUGGAUAGGUGAAAGCAAACUCUACAGUAUUUCUCUCUACAGUAAAUCACCAUGGACCCUGUACCCUCUGUAUUACUGACGCCCCUGCUGGUUCUGUUUUUUAGAUACAUGGACAGAAACAGAGAAAUAACUAGGAUCAAGAGGGAGGAGAUCAGGAGGCUGAAAGAGCACCUGACACUGCUUCAACAGCGACUGGAGAGGUACUGAACAUUAGUGCAUAAAUACCUGUCUGUUUACAAAACUGUCAAACAGCCAUGACGGCUAAUCGCUCACUCUCUCUGUCUUUUUUCGUCCGUCCUCAUUUCCCUCCCUGCUCUCCCUCAGGUAUCUAAGUUAUGGUUCUGGCCCCAAGAGGUUUCCUCUGGCAGAUGUCCUCCAGUAUGCUAUGGAGUUUGCCUCUAGUAAGCCAGUAUGCACCUCCCCGGUGGAAGAUAUUGACUCAUCAGCACCUCCUGGUGGCACAACAGGGCAACAGCUGCCCCCUCCAAGGUAAGUUUCUGUUUUUGUUGAAGCAUGUUGUUGUUGUUGUUGUUCACACAUGAAUUCCUCACAUUUUAUAGAUAAUCUUUGAACAUUCAGGCCCAGAUGUUCCCAGGACCUUGCUGGUCACACAGACAUUGCAGAGCAGGUUACAUGACUCUGAAUCCCAGUUAGUCUUUUUGAUGAAGGUCAGGCCGAGACGCUGAGUGCAGGGGGAAGAGAGGUCUUCUGUAGUGGUGAUAGAUGGGUUGUGUGUCAAAAUAACCACAAUAUGAAUUAAAGACAUCUUCUCAAUACAAACACAGCAGCAGAAAACAUAAGGUUAAAAAAUCAGACAGGAUAACAAAAUAACUCUCAGUCCAUUCACUUGUGGAGUUUAUUUUGGACUGCUUCCCGCUGAAUUCCCACAUUUGCUCACUUCGGCUUCUUGUUGACAUUUCCUCGAGCCUUGUUGGGGAUAUAUUCUAGGGGUAGUCAAACUUGGAAAAUCUGAAUUUACUUUUGCCCCCCUGCUAUGAGGGGUACCCCAAGGUUCAGCUCUCCAACUCAUACAAUUUGCCCCUUUUACCUUUGUUUUAUUUUAAAAAAGUCAUGGUGUUUCUUACCAUCUGUUUGCUGAUAACACAUGAACCUACCUGCCCUUGAAAAUAAACAAUAUAAGGGCUCUGAAAACCUUGCUGGACUCUUUAUGCGAUUACAUUGUUUAAUGUCUUAGGGAAUUCAGGAGAGUGACAUAUGCAUAUCUUUUCUCAUUUUGACUUUUGUAGUGCACUUAAUGUUUACAUAAAACAGACCUCCUUGUCACACCUACAGUUACUCCAGAAUUCUGCUACUGACCUUUUAAUCAACAGUUGAAAGUGAUAGCAAAUUACCCCCAUUCUUUUUCCCCUUUCAUUUUUGGUUUAUUUUAUCAUUUUACUGUUUGUUUUUGAAUCUUAAACUGGAUAAGCACCGCAGAACAUCUCUGAUCUCAAAGUCUAGGCCCUCUUCAGAUCAUCUGCUUUUUGUGCCCUCUAUAUCUCAGCUAAAAAACAACGGGUGACCGACUGUGCCAUCUUGAGUUCUUGAGUUAUCCAUCCACAUGUAUUGCACUGUCAUUAGACUUUGUUUUUUAGCUAUAUCACCGUGUAGCACUACAGUAAACAUCAUUGUUUGUUAAAAUGUGCUCUAAAAAUGAAGGUGAUUGAAUUGUUUAAAGUCAAAUUCAGCCAUUUACAUUCACACAUGAAGCUCAUUCAGACAAUGGGGCCCAAAAAAACAUGAAUGUCAUUCUCAUCAUAACUGUCUGGCUGAGGUUUACAGCCAUUUUUCAACUCUCUUUCUGUCCCCCCUACAGCACAGCCGAGCAGGACUCUCUACCUCCUUCAGAGAGCUCAAUCGCUGCCUCGGGUCCCGCCGCUGCUCCUGCUGCAGCCCAGCAGCAGCAGAGAGUACCCAUCCAUAAGCCCUUUACUCAAUCCCGGUUACCUCCUGACCUCCCCAUGCACCCUGCCCCGCGACACAUCACUGAAGAGGAGCUGAGGGUGCUGGAGGGCUGCCUGCAUCGCUGGAGGAGUGAAGUAGAAAAUGACACCCGUGGUGAGUCUACCUGCCUCCGUGUCAGAGUUCCUUCUGCAUAGUACACCUGCUAAUUGAAAGGCUGUGUAACCCUCAUGCAAAAAAAUGAUAUGUUGUUCACCCUCACAGAUCUGCAGGGCAGCAUAACCAGAAUCCACAGAACCAUAGAGUUAAUGUACUCAGACAAAUCUAUGAUGCAGGUGAGCCACCGUUUUCUGCAGACAGUCAUGAGUGCAAUUUAAAACCAAAUCAUUUCCAUUUUUUAACCAGUGGUUUAAAUUGUCCCUGUUUUCUCCAGGUUCCUUACAGGCUUCAUGCAGUACUGGUUCAUGAAGGUCAGGCCAAUGCGGGCCACUACUGGGCGUACAUCUACGACCCACAUCAGCGUUGUUGGAUGAAGUACAAUGACAUCUCUGUCACCAAGUCAUCCUGGGAGGAGCUGGUCAGGGACUCAUUUGGAGGUUAUCGAAACGCCAGUGCCUACUGUCUCAUGUAUAUCAACGACAAGAAGCCCUUUCUCAUAGAAGGUACGCAGGAACACCGGUUUAGCAUUUAGUAGUCUCCAAGGAAACAUGGUGGACUUGGUUACAGUUUGGACUGCCUUUAAGUUUUUUUACAGAGACUCACUUUAUGAAUGCAGAAUUUGUUGAUAAGUGACACAAACGUUGACAACAGUUACCUGGUUUUUGUUUGUAGUCAGAGUAGAUUUGUCUGGUAGUAUUUCUGAAGCUUUUGUGUUUUUUAUUCAGAGCUGUAGACUCUGUGUGGAACAAAGAGGCAGAACAAAAUGCAGCAUAAAGAUAUCCUGAAACCUACCUGUGGUCAUCUGACCAGCAUCAAUCUUUUUAAUUAAUCCCCAUAAACAGAGAACAUCCGGCUCUCAGAUCCUCUCUCUCAUGUUUGACUCCAUCCUGGCCUCUAAAGAAGAGAGUCAGACUGGCACAAAAGAAAAGGGAGACUUGGCUGGAGAUCUAUAAUCACUUUCUUCACCAAGAGCUGGCUUCUCAGACAGCCCUGAAAAGUUGGUCGCUGCCAGAUGCAGAAUUGUGAGCGGGUAAUAGCAAGGGUGUUUUAAGACUGGUGCUGCCCCCAAACAAAAGAGUGCCCUUGUCUAUUAGAAGUCUCCUUCAAAGCAUUCACCAGUUUCUCUCAGCUGAUCCAGGUGGCUUGAUGGCAAAUGAACGCCUGCUACUUGGUUUGUUGGAGAAGGAUCAUUGAAAUCAUAGGAAAAACACAGACUGUCAUCAGGGCUUCCUGCAAACACAUGGAACAGUCAGCCACUGGAAAAAACAGCCAGCAAGAGACCUCGGGGGGAAAUCUUAACCCUUGGCCGCUUCUCACACAUUUUAAGGCCAACAUUUUAAAAUAAACCGAGACUAUUAUUAUAAUAAUUGUUGUUACACAGUUCAUUGAGAUUGCUAUCCAAAUUUGAACAUUUAGUAAAUUAUCGCACGAGGGUUCAUUUCAACGAAAUAGGGCAUAAGUAUGAAUAGGGAGGUUUGAGAGUCUGAGGGGAAAUUUGAGGUGAGGAACACUUUAGUCUGGUGGGUUUUUGUGCGGCAGGUUGUGGUAGAGUCAACAUUUUAAGGAGGAAAUGCAAAGUUAAAUUUUUGACGAUGAAGAAAACAAACCACCCUGCUCUAUUUUCUUAUUCAAGCGAGAUUUGAUCUCUAUUAAUCUCACAGACGGAGUGUCAGACUUCUCAUAUGAAUGAUCUGCCUCAUGUUGAAGAGAUGCCAUAGGGAUAAUAUUGGAGGAGCGCCGUAAUGCAGCAUGUUUGAUUUAUGUAAUAUCAAAGCUGUUUGUUUAUAGUCAUUCAUUUGCUGCUAUGCCACAGAUGUCUCUAUGACAGUCUGCAGCAGAAAUACAACACAAGGACUUUAUUUGUCCUCAAAGGGAAAUUUGUUUAUAAGGAAGAGGAGAAUAUUUUUGUGAUAAUCAUUCCCUUAUCAUUUGAACACAGGCAGAAGAUUUGUCAUAUGAAUAUAAUUUAUUGAUUUGAACAUCAUGAAGCCCAUACACGUAGGUGUAAGGCGUAUUUGGAAAACCUUUUAAUGCUUUCAAUUUCAGGUGGGCAUCUCUCUCAUCCUUGUAUCUACACAGUAGAGGCCAGUUAACUACAUGGGGAAAAUGACCAGAACUUGUUAUUCACAAUCCUUUAUUGAAGUCAUCAGUAUAAAAAGAAUUAAGCUGUAAAUAAGUGAGUAACAGAUCUUGGUUUGGCUUUUAUUUGCUGAUUUCUGAUGCUUAUAUUAUUUUUAUUUACUUUCUUGGUGCUCCUUACAUAAUCCUUUACCUUUUGAAAAUGAAGGUGACCACUAAAGAUGUUAACAAAUUUAUAAUUUUGAAAACUUAGCAGACCCUCUAUGUAGAGGGAUCAUAUUGUUCUUAGUGUAACAAGAAAACAACACUCUCAUUACUUGACGUCCUUCUGCUGUCAUUCACUUACCAUUGAUUGUCUCUCUGUUUUCUGUGCAGAGGAGUUUGACAAAGAAACCGGACAGAUACUCAGCGGUAUGGACAAACUGCCUCCGGACCUAAAGCAGUACGUGAAGGAGGACAACGAGCUCUUUGACAAGGAGAUCGAGGAGUGGGACACCCUGCAGGCACGCAAGGCCCAGCAGGAGAAGCUGGCCCUGGCAACAGCAGCCGCCGCAGCAGCAGCAGCAGCAGCCUCGGCGGCGUCCACAACCUCCACCUCUUCAUCUUCUCCUCAGCCCAUGAGUAUUGAGUCCAGCCCUCCAGACAAUGCAGGUCAGGGUCACAACGCUCAGAAUAGAAGAGGAGAAUACUUAAUUGAGAAUCAAUAGUGGGUGGGAAGAUAAAUACAGAAAACUCUUGUUCCCUAGAGGGUAAAAAAGAAUGAGGAAAUGACCUUGAAAUAUCGGCGCACAGCCUCACAACUCCAGCUGUGUUUGACAUCAGUUACUGUAUAUCACAGUAAGAGAGAUGUUCAGGAUAUAGCCUAUAAUGUAUUUUAAUCAAUUACAGACACACAGUAUGAUGAGUUAGAAAUCAAACGAUCAUUUUAUCAAAGUGUGAUUCAGCCAAUUUAAUGUGACAGUUUGACACCUUGAUCUUUAGCAUGCAGCCUGUUUUCUUCUCUAGUCAGAAGUGUCCAUAUUUGCUGUGUAGCAGCAGCUCAAGUGUAUGGUGGGGUUAGCACACACCAAACAGUCUACUGGCUUAGUUAGCAAAUAGAUAAUUUAUCAAUGGUUUUGAUGAUUUCAGUAACGGCUCUUAUUGGCGGCAGAGAAUAAAAUGUAAAGGUACUUGUUUAAAGGAAGCUUUGAAAUGAUCUCAGUCUGAGGCACUUCAUUUGGAUAAAGUAGUACAUCUCAACUCUUUGUAGAUUUUGUCCUGCUCAUGUGGAAACAACAAUUUUCUAUUCAAAAAUGUCAUCCUGCUUCAUUAAAUUUUCAUAAAGAGUCUUCAGUAUAAGAAUGUCAAAGAAGUCAGCCUCUGCAGCGUGCCGUUAAUGGCUCUUACACCAAUCCUGUUGCAGUGGUUUCACUAAAGUCUUUCUCCUGAUGGCUUGGUUCCCUUUGUUGCACACAAAGAGGCGCAAAUAUUGAUUUUAGUCUGUAUUAAAACCAGCUCCUUUGAGUCCUCAGUCUAAACAAAGAGCACUUACCUAAAAUAUGAAUAGACAACUCCUCAGAGAGUAUUUUAGUUCAGCCAGAUGCCACUCAGGUAGCUUCAGAAUGACCUGUCAAUCACUUAAAGCCACCCCUGAAGCACACCCAGGAUUAUCUCCUACAGUAAAUGGAUAAAAAGGACCAUGAUGUUUUAAAUUAAUAUUGCAUUAUUUUGAAGAAAACUCACAGGUCCUAUAUGAUGGUAUUUAGAGCUGUUUACAAAAAGUCUGAGUUGUUUAUGAAGCAGUGUUUGAAAUUCCAUACCAUCAAAAAUUCAGCCUCGUAUGAUAGUCUUUUGUCUUGAAUGAUGUCUAAGGGGAGAAGGUGAAGACUAAUGUAGAUGGAUGCAGAGGUGGAAAAAGACCAAAGCAAACGUUAUAAGUGAUGCAGAAGAGCCCAUGCCAGAACCAAGACAAAUCUUCCUUAUAAUGAACCGUAAAAAUGAUAACACAGAAUGUUGAUGGCACGUCUGAUGUUGUUGGGUCAUAAUUUGUUGGCAAAGAUCCGUCAUGGGGUCAGUGUUGAAGUUAGCCCAGUGUUUUAGUGACUCUUAUUAUUAAACAGUCCGAAGUGAAGCAGGUGACUCACACAAAAGACAGGGUGUCAACUGUUGCCGUUGUGGUUGUUGAUAUAAAAAAUAACCACUGUUUUCUUUCGUCCUCUGCUGCUGAGAGAGAUUGUAGACAUUUGUGUCUUUUCUUUUUGGCAACCAACACCAGAGCAGCUGGUGUGUCUGGGGCUGACCCUUGACCUCUUAACCCUUCAACACCAGUAGAGUAAACCACAGUAGAGAAAAAAAGGACUGGGAGUGGUUUUUCAUACAUGCCCAUACAAGUCUCCUGUUGUGACAUCACCACAGGAGCUAACAGGAGCCUCACUGAAGAUAUGUUUACCUAGUAAAGCCCACGCUACAUGAUAAUUGUGCAAAUAUUGGUUUUUAGAGUUGCUACUGGGUUGGAUUACUUUAGUUUAUAUUUAUAGGUGAGAAAAAAAAAGUAUUUCCUUUAAAUGAGACUUUGUGAACAAGAAAUUAACAUAAACUCAUGAGUUUCUGUGACUAACAUAAUAAACCAAGUGAAAGCAGAUCAAUAAUCUUAAGAACGUCUUUGAAAAUUAGACUUUGUGCAACCAGUUCAGUGUUUCACUGCAGAAAAAGUUUCAAGCACUUCUGCAUUAGCAACAUUUUCCUGACUCUUUGGCUGCAUCAGUGCCUUUAAUAUAGUCUACAAUGAGGAGACAAUGCUGCAACCUAAACUACAAUUUAAGAGAGAAGUCCAAAAUUGGAGGUUUUUAUGAGUAAUCCUCAGUGUUUGUCUCUGGAUACUUGUGCAAUGUUUUUUGUGUUUUGGAGCGUGAAGUACUGUUGCUUUAUUUAUUAUUUUUGAUAUGUUGUUGUCCUUUUGCAGCUCCCCAGCAGGACCCGGAGUACAUGGAGCAGCCAUCCCCCACAAAUGACUCCAAACACCUGCAGGAGGACACCGAGAGGGCAAUCUCCAGAGCUGCUGCUGAACAGGAGGAGAGGAGUCCUGAAGCUCUGUUAAACGCUGUAUGUAAAAUAAAAACACCAACUCACAACACACACAUACACACACAUACACGCGCACACACCAGAGCGAGAGGAAAAUCUGCAUUUUACAGAGUAAAGAGCUGCUGGUUCUUAUUGCGAAUACCCACUCGACAACUCCACCUGCCUCUUAUUGGCUUCGCCUAAAACUCACAUUUCUGCACAAAAGAAAAUGUUUGAUUUCAUCCCCUAUUGUUGCAUUCAAAUUGCAUUCAGAGGGGAGCUUUUCACGGCCAGCAUGUAGAGGGGGAAUAAUUAAAAAAAAUGUUUGAUUAUACAUACGGGAAUAUGACUUUUGUCUGAGCCAUGCUUGAAUAAAUGUGAAGCUUUAAUCCCUCUUUUAUGAUAAACUCCAGUAUUGUGUUCACAACAGUGCACAAUGAGGCUGAACAAGGAUUUGAAGUUCUUCUUGUGCACUCCUGGUUUUGAAAAGUGUGUCAAAUGAGAGGCUUCCUGAACAUCCACAGAAAAUCUCAUGAUGUUUGAAUGUGAAGAGUUGAUUUAAUCAGUUUGUAUUUCACCACGUGUCUGUCCUCUACAUUUAUCCCUCCUCACUACAUCAGUACUCUCCUCUUCCUGUUUUCAUCUUUCCCAUUCUCUCUACAGUCUCUCCCCCCUCCUUCCCUCCCUAAACCUGAGGUCCAGGUGAGCCCCCCCUCCACUCCUCCUCCUGAGCUGGUCACAGAGGAUGAGUCCCCCGUCCAGCGCACGGUAGAGGUGGCCAUUCCCAACGUUGGGACGUUUGUCAUUGAGUCAGAGGAGGGGGGGUAUGAUGACGAGGUAGCUCCGACAAACAAACCCUCUCGUCUUUGUCGUGCUGAGAAGUCUGUGCCUGUUAGACAAACAGAAUGAGAGCACACUUCACUCGAGGAUUUUCACACCUGAGAAAAUCUGACUCCAUAUGCUAACUGAUUCCAGGGCUGGCUUUGACUCCUGCAGAAUUUCACUGACUUGUUUGAUUGCCUUCCUGUUUUACUCUUGUGUGAAAAGUCUCACUUUAAGCCAGUCUGCAUCUUGGCGCUGAGACUGGUUGACCUUUAGCAAAAAGGUUAGAUUUGUUUUUUUCACGCCAGACGGUCAAGAGGAGAGACUGGUGUAUUUGAAUACAUUGUCUGUUUGAUACUGAGGUUUAUCUGCGUACAAUAGGAGGCUGCCAUGUAAAGUUGAAUUAUCAGCCGAGAAAUGACCUCAUUUAAUAGAUUCUGCUGUUUUAAUUUGUGGGCCAUUUUCUGCUGUUUCAUUCUUCAGAGAGCAAAGCAGGAUGUCAGUGUGUAAAAGCCAAAUCUGUAGAAGAGCUUUCAUGUUUAUUAGGGCUUUCUCUCAGAGGUCUCCUCUCCUCUCCAAAACAAACCGGCACAGAACCAGAAACUAGAAAAUAAGACCAAAACAAAGUUGGGAGCUAACGGUCAGAUUCACUAUGAGAUCAGCCGGUUUAGGUUGUUUUAACUGAUUGAAGUUAAGCAAUCGGAUCAAGCUUGGUGCUGUCCCUCAUCACUGCCCACUCUUUCAGCCUCUCUCCUGCUUUGUCUGCUGUCUAAUCCUCUCAAAGAUAAAGAAAAUAAAGAAAAAUGAGACUUAAAAACUAAGCAGAGUGGAAUCAUUUCAAGCUUGACAGUGACCAUUGUCUAUCAGACAGCCACAGCAUAUGCAGCAUGAUCCUUUUGCCAGGCUGUAACUGUAGAGCUGCAUGUAAUACUACUAAUUUGAUAACGUCAUGUAGAAACUAAACCUGUUAUGGAAUGUAGAUAAAACACUCAAAAAGCAGGAAGUUUGGGAAAGCUGUCUCUAGUUUUGAGACAGUGGCAGAUUGUGUUCUUCCUAUGUAGCUUUUUGGACAAACGGCUCCCUUGCAUACAGCCAUCCUCUUUCCAGGAUGCCAUCUUGUCACGUUUCACCGUAGCACAGAGCAGACUUACUAGUUAACACACACAUGCUUUUGUAGUGAGUAAUUUGCAGGAAAUGCACCAAUUGGGAAAAAAAGAGGAGAAGAGCGCUGUUAUUGUAUAGCACAAAAGAAUCUGUCUUAAGUCUGGGAUCUGCCCGUUGCUUGAUCCUCCUACUUUUAUACACUACACCACAUCAUCUAGCUAAGCUGGCACCUCUCUGUGUCUGAUUGCUUGAAUUGCUGAUUUAACUUUUACAAAUGACAAAAAGGAAGUAGUUAGAACAUUUAAAAUCCAGUUUGAAGCUGAGCCUGUGCCACUAUAGAGGGUGAUAUUCUCAGUUUGAGAUUUCAUGUUGAAACCGUGAUUCUUGUCUUUUUAUCAGCUGGCUCUCAGCAGUGUUAGCUUGUUUUCAGUGUGCUCUGAUUGUAGCGUUGCUGUUGUCUCUGCUCCAGCCUGUUUGUGCACUGUUGGCUGUCUGUCACGCACAGCUGUUAUAUGGCUGUCUGAUUUUCACACAUUAGCCUUGUGAGGAAUGCACAUGGUGCCACUGAGCUGACUGGCUGUGUCUCCACUGUGUCACUCUAACCACUGCAUGGACUGCUGACUGAUGUCUGGCCUGACUCUGUGGUGCUUGGUAGUGGUGUCUCAGAGCACGUAACAUAGAGGUUGACCUGCUCGGUUUGUGAUAAAGACGUGUGUGUUUUGUUGUUGUUGUUAUUUAACGUGGUUCCUGCUCUUUGGGCAGACGAUGAUGACCCCCAACAUGCAGGGUGUAAUUAUGGCUAUUGGCAAGUGCGGCGCCGUGUAUGAAAAGAGUGGGCCUGAGGCGGCUUUCUUUAAGGUACACACCAUCAUCUCUACUUGACUUCCUCUUCUUUCACACUAUCUCGUCUCCUCCACCUUCAUUCACCUUUUCCUUUAUGUGAAACUGUUUGUCUUCUUCUGUUCACCUUCAUACAGCACAGUAAGAAAGAAAAACACUCCGUAUGGUGACUACUGACUACUAUUACAAAACAUACACAGCUAUAGGAAAAGUUAUGUGAAACUGAGACCAGGUGAAUGUGUGUGACCGCUAAGAACCAGUUGAUAUGAAACUAAAACAAGCCUUCAGUUUUUCACCCUGUCAUGGAGUAGUGAUCCUGAAAACCUUGUUAAAGCAAGUAGCUGAAAGCCAGUGUAGUAAACAGAGUUGUGCGGUGUUCCUGUGUGCACGUUCGUGUGCACGUGUUUGUGUGGGUGUCAGACAAACUCUGUGAUUCCAGCAGCAGAGGAGCGGGACAGUGAGGAGCUGCAGCUACUCCAAAAUCCAGUGAGAGCUCAGCAUAGUUAGUUUGACACUAGUGACUACUUUGAUACAAAUAUUUACCAUUUUUUUAUCUGAAAUGAACUCACUAACAGAAAGUGUGCUCCCAUUUGGCGCUCAGUGGGUGUUUAUAUUUUAACCUGCAGUAUUCUCUUUCUAUUCUUGUACUUUUUUGUUGUGUAUCAGUAAAAAUGUGGCAGAAAUCGGUAUGUUCCUGUCUGUCAUAAUACACUCAUAAUGAGUUGCAUAAUCAAAAUACCCAUAUUCAGCUCAUAGGGACCAGAAACAGCUACUUUACACCCAUUGUUUUUUGAUCACAUAGUCCUGGCAGCAUAAAACAUGCAAAGUCCUAUAAUAUGGAUUCAACUUGCGUACCAGGCUUCCAUAAAUGUUUAAACUUUCUAUCAAGUCGAUGACACCAUUUACAGAUUACUGGGACAGUUUUGAAGCAAUAUAAGCCCAAAACAAAAGGUUCAUGAUUGUGUUAAUAUAUAUACUUUUUUUAUUUAAGUUGGCAAAAAUAUUGAUGUGGUGAAAGUGGAAAGGUAUAUUGAUAUGUAUGACUUGUGUCUGAUAAUUUCCUUGUCUUGACACCUGAGAAAGUCUGUUCCACCUUAACUUGAGUCACUGUUGAACCUUUCAUCCACGUGUUUGUCUCCCCUGUCAGGCCAUAAAGUUGGAGUACGCUCGUCUCCUGAGGUUCGCCCAGGAAGACACGCCACCUGAGAACGACUACCGACUCCAGCACAUCAUCGUGUACUUCAUCCAGAACCAGGCGCCUAAGAAGAUCCUGGAGAGAACUCUGCUCACACAGUUUGCUGACAGGAACCUGGCCUUUGAUGAGAGGUGUGUUAGACUGUGCUCUGGUCACCUGGAGAAACCUUUUUAAACCCCGUCAAGUUUAUCAGAACUAGUGGUGCAGUUGAUCAUGGGUGGUCAAGCAGAUCUGUACAGAGUAGUCUGUAACUGUGAACUUAUCUGUAAUACAGACUCUGUAGUCCAGCACAAUGUUUGAUCAAAAAGCUGUAGAUAAUAUCUGAAAGUUUUGACUUCCUUAACAGCUAACUCUAGGCUGGAAUGGUCUAACAGGGGGCACUUGGGGUUUGCAGUGGUGGUAUGAAGUACAUGUGUGCACACAUCAACAAAAGUCAUUAUUUUAUCUUUUUUCUGAUUGCAUUAAUCAUACCUGCUGCAAACCUUUAUGUAUGUUUCUGUCAGACGUUGUAUUCUUAUUUGGACUGAAGGAAAAAAGCUGACACAGGCGAGCUGCAUUGACAUUCUCUCUACAUUCAAGCUCAUUUCCUUUUUGUUUGUGAUUUUCUUAAAUUCAGUAACUUCAGAAAAUUAUCUCGCAUCAUUCACCUUAAAAUCAAGUUCCAAAAAGACCAACAGAGGGCAGCAGAGACCUUCACUUAGACACACACUCACACAUACACAGGACAAACGUCUGUACUGUCAACCCCGUCUGUCUCCUCUGGACAGUGCGUACUGAUUCUCUGUAUUGUUCCCUCUGUCUUUUGUUCAAACACAAGCCUUUUAAGUCACAUUUUUGCUAAUUAAUGACGUUCUUUAAUAAAAAUAUGGAGAUUCCCUGUCCUCUAACAUUUUGAUGCAUUUGCCGUCAGGGUGUAUGUUCCCUCUUACUAUCUGUUAAAAGUUUUCAGCUACGCUUGUUGGCCUCAAUCCAUAUUCAUGAGUGAAGAAUUGAUUUCUGCCUUCUCCUCUAUUUUGAGCGAGAUAAUUAGAUUUAUGUGUGCAUGUGGCCUCAAUAGGAGCCUCGGGAGGAGUGUUUCACUUCUCCUCUCAGCACUAAAGAGUGAUUCAUUAGGCCACGCUGAGACCGCGGGGCAGGGUGGACUGUUUCAUCUCCUGGAGUACCUCACAAUGACUCACCAUCUCCUCGCUAACGCCUGGUCCUCUUCCUGUCUCCUCUUCCUCCCUCCUUCCUUUCCACCCACAGAUGUAAGAGCAUUAUGAAUGUGGCACGUGCCAAACUGGACCUAAUUAAGCCCGAGGAGGUCAACAUGGACGAAUAUGAGGUCAGCAGCUAGUCUUAUUCAUCUCAAGGAGAAGAUAUGAGUCUUCUUCUCAUGCACAUUGUCGUUGAUUCUUAUGAAUGCUGAUUUCUUUUUUCAAGAUUUUGAAUCGAAGGGAGCUUCCUCACUUAAACUUGUGUAUUUUUUCUGGAACAGAUGUGGCAUCAGGCGUACAGGAACUUCCGAGAAACGACCAUCUUCAUGAUGACGGGCCUGGAGCUCUUUCAAAAGACAAAGUACGGUGAUACCCGCAAACAUCUGAGAAAGUUUUCUUUCUUCAGUUUUGUUGCUGAAGAUUCAACUCGUAUGACUUAAUCAUUGUACAUUACAGGUGUUAAUGUGGUGAAGUUUUAACAUGGUCAUUGUGAGCACGGUUAGGUCCCAGCUCUGUUUAUCUGAAUCGUAGAUAAACAGUGGUUGCCAGCUACUAGAAAGCAUAGGGAAAACAUAAGAAGCUGCAGCAGCUGCUAGUUAGUUAGCUAGCUGUAGUAGCCCUCAGAAAAAAACAGCCCAACACUUCAAAAACUCAAGUCCAAGGUCUUUGAGGGAUCCUUAAACAAUGUAAGAACUUGCUCUUCUUUAGGGUAACCCUUCUCUCCAAAAGUUUAUUCAGCUGUUUCUAUUCAUGUCUGUUACUCUCAAUCAACCAGGAGUGGUGUAUACUGCUUUUCAAUAUAAAAGCCUGCUUUUACAACCCUGAAAAUAAAACACACGUAAUAAAGGGAGUAAAAAUGUCAAGGAAAAAAAAACACCUUGAAUUAUGUUUUUAUAGGCAGUCUCUUCUCUAGUAGUCAGCUGGUGAAAUAUAGAAAACACAACUUUGAACAUCGUUGGAAAGGUAGGAUAACAUGUAAGUUAGUAAGUUGCGUUGAUUAAAAAGUUAAUGAAGUAAUAAGUCACCUCACCUUUAUCUUGCUUUCAUUUAAUAUGAGUUUUCCAAAAAUACUCUGGUGAUACUAUUAUGACUGAUUUAACGGCCACAACAUUAUUGAGGUAGAAUUGUGAUAUUAUAACAGCCUGUUAAUUUACAGCCAUCAAUCACAGUUACCAGUAACACCCCUUCUAUCUGGGCCUUCUUUUCAUUGGUUUGGGUCAAUAGGAUGGAGUCUGUAAAUUAUUGAAUUUGGUAGAUAGAAACAUUUACAGGUCCAGUCAGUUAAAACAGACAAAUCUCAGCGGCUCACAAACGAAAUCAGUUUGAAUUAAAAAGUUGGAGUAAUGAUCAGCUGUACAGGUGGAAAACUAUUUUAUUGAAUAUAUGAGAAAUGUUUCUAACAGUGAUGCAUUUUUGUGUAAUUAUAACAUGGAUUGUUGGCUGUGGACCUCGGGGUCUGAUUUCUUCUUUGAGUGUUCUGUCAAAUCUCAGGCAGCUGUAAAUAAAUGAGGUAUUUGUCUGUCUUAUAUAGAACAAAAUCUGCUCUAAUUACAUUCUGGCUCACGUCUCGGAGGUCUGUUUAGGUUUAGGUUCACAAUUUUGGACUCUGCGGAAAUGGACCGCACAUAAUGACUCUUGAUUUUCUAGCUGCCUGUCUGUUACUCAGCAUUGCCUGCAGAGGGCAGCAGCUCACAGUGUGUGCUCCCUCCAGCUUUUCAAAGUUAGGAGUGCGGAGAGUUCAACGAGUUUAUUUCCUCUCUCGAAGAGUUCACUCUUUUAACUCUCACUGCAACUUUGAUACUAUUUUAUCUGAAUGUCACAUCUGCUCGUCUCUUUCUUUGCAGUUACGUGGAGGCGCUGAUGUAUCUAGUUUACUCCUACCAGUACAACAAGGAGCUUCUGUUGAAAGGGCUGUACAGAGGGCACGACGAGGAGCUGCUCAGUUAUUACAGACGAGAGUGUCUGCUGGUGAGGAAACACACACACACAGUCAUUGAGAUGGAGUGGAAAUGUUAAUUCCAAUACUUCAUAACUCAAUUACAUGAAUGGGUGAGGAAGGAAAAACCUCUAUUAAAGGGCUUUUAUAAAAUCUACGACAAUAAAACAUAAACAGACGAUGAUAAGAAAUCCCCAUGAUCUCUUAAUUUUGUAAAGAUUAGUCGUGUUUAGUGUUGAUCUCAGAAACAGUUGAUUGAAGACAUUCAGAGAUUGAGUUUUAAUGCCUCUGUCUGUUUUUAAAUUUUGGUAAACUGAGUAUUUCCUAUUUUAAGACACUUGAAUCGAUACUUUAAAUCCUCUUUUUUUUUUCAGCUGUGGAGUUAAAAAACUAAACCAGACACCGAAUCAGCAGAUUAAUUGAUGUCUGACUAUCUUAUCAUCUGCCGCCCUACUCUGUCACUUUUCUCCUUGUAAUCUGCGUCUCGUCUUUGUCACUCCCUUGCCUCUGUGUCAAACUUCCUCUGCUAAAGUGACUCAGCAAAACUAACACCGUCGGACAUUUCCCCUUCAAUACCGCAAUACCGUGCCGCCGUGCUCCUAUAAUCAAAUUGCUUUCGCUGAGAUAUUGCUUUGGCUCGCUCACAGCCCGCAAAAGAUUCCGCUGAAGGUUUUUCAUCUGAUACUGACAGAUGAAAAUCCUCUCAGCGUCGUGAUGUGAGCCCCUUUUCAUUUCUCCCCUCCAGGCUGCAGGCUGUGCUCUGGUAUUAUUGGUUGGGGCUGAGGGUAUUUUGGUGCGAUCAGCCUCAUACUGGUGUUUAGCAGCCCUCUCGCUGCUGCACUCAGUAACCUUACACUCGCAUUGUGCUCAUAAUGUAAUCACUGGAGUGGGAAUAGGAAGCAGGAGGGCCAGCGAGUGUAAACACAUUACCAUGAGACACAAGUGUGUCCUCGGCUAACCUCAGACCUCGACUCUGCACGGCCUGAUCGGUCAGCUCAGAUCUCGGGCCAGAACCUCUGGCUGCGUCCGCUCAGCUGUUUACCUUCAGCUCUUGUUUUAAUUGAAAACACGGCUAACAUUGACACAGUUAAUGUACUUGGAUGUUUUGCAAACUCCAGCCCCGCAGUCCCUUGAUUCCAAACUGGCUCUGAGAAAAUCGGGUCGUUUCCUCAGAGAGGAGGUCAGGGAGUUUGUCUGUGACAGCGAGGUGGUUUUAGCCAAGAAGAGAAAGAAAAGCCUGAAUCCACAUGCAGGCAGGAACAUCAGGACCCACUUUAGCUCCUCUGGCUGCAGGAGAUUUACUGAUAUUAAUGAUGUCUGUUUCUGGAUUACUGCGAGUGCUUUAGCUGUCUGGUACUUAUCUAUUAAAACAGAUUGAAACCCUCACCAGAAAGAACAAGAGAAGGGAAAUGACUGAUGGUGUCAAAUUGAAAACACUUUGAAAUCUUGUUUGAGUCAAAACAUUUGCAUAAGAUAACAGCAGUAUCAAAAGUUAUAGAAUAAGUGGUGGUUUAAAAAAAAAAAAAAAACAGAGCAGCGUCAGGCUGCUGGAGACAGAAGGUUUUACUGUGAGCUGUCUCUGUGGGGGGACUUGGCAAAGGAAAUUUUACAGCAUGAGCUGAAAUGAAAAGGUCGCUGCCUCUGUUCUAAACAGGACUGAGUUAGAUGCAAGUGCUCAUUUACCGCACUUUAAACAUAGUCAGCAGCAGAUCCAGACAAAAUUCAGCCAGUCAUGCCUCAAAUCUUACUCAUAGACAGUCUUCUUAGAUUAAGGCUGAGUCACACUUCCUGAUGAUAUCAACAGAGUGUGAACAACUGCCCAAAAGUCCCCUUACCAAUCAUUUGAAAAAAGUGCCUCUGACAGUCAUCGUGUUUUACUCUUCAGUAUCCGAGUGAUCCAGUAAAGAACAGCCGAACCACUUUUAAUGGGUCUUAAACAGUGACAAGUAUGUAAACUUCUUUUCAGGACUCAGUCGACGAAAUUCUUGGCAAUCAUAAUUUUACAGAUGUACCUCUACCAAUUAAUAUUUUAUGAACUUUUCAGAUUUAAACUAAAACUCAAACAAUUAAAUGUUCUGAACUCACUGGAUGUUGAAGUUUCUGUUAAGAAAAUUUCGACAUUUAUUCAACAGACUGAAAUUCAUACAAAUGAUGAUCAGUGACAAGACUGACAACUUUCAUACAGUUUUUUUUUAAAGGGAUGCAGCUAUCGAGUACUUUAGUAAUCGAGUAUUCUACUGAAUACUCCAUUGAUUAGUCGAGUAAUUGGAUAAAACAUAUAUUGCAGCAGAUUGCAAUGCUCCUAAGAAAGCUAAAUAGCUUUUAUCAUGCCCCUAAAGACAUUUGUGUCCAAGAGCUGAAAAGCUCCUGUGUUUCUGCUACUACACCGGCAAUGUUAGGCUGCAAGCUAGCAUGGAGAGGAGUGUGCAGAGCAGCGCUGUCUCCGCCCAUGACUCAGAGGCUAACUGCUAAUGAUCUACUAGAGCUCUGCAGAGGAAAGGCCCCUUUCAUCAUUGAAUUUUUCUGCUCUGCAAAACCAAAACCGCGUUUACUCCUCCUUCUACCUUGGUUAUGUAAGCGUGUUGUGUCACCUUGAAAAUAACCUGUGCAAAACAGUGGCGAUUUGAGCUUCUAAACGAAUACUUGAGGUAGAGAAAAUUCCUCGUUCAUUUAUUGUAAUCGAGAUACUCAAGGAAUCAUUUCAGCCCUAAUUUUUAAUGCCUGAAACUUCUACAAGUUAAUGAGCUGCUAAAGAAAAUGCACUUACUUUACAUGUCCUGUGUUCAGUAUUUUUUCCAAACACUAAUCUAAACAUGUGGAGGACAAUAUAGGCAAAGACUACUUUGUCCACGGGGGGCGCCAAAACUCAUAUGAACCAAAUGUUACUUAGAGGAACUUUAUUUGAAAUAUUGUAAACCUAUUUUUUGUCUGGCACUUUGAUGAUUUUGGCUCAUAGCUCAUGAAAUCUAGAAACCCAGUUUCUCACAUUGUGAGUUCAUUCUCGAAGAUCAAUCAAAACAGGAUUUAAAACGCUGACUUUUAAAAGUAUUUUUAUUUCGACACACAGAACUUGGUGGGGGCUUCAUCAGAAUGCAUUACUGCAUGAAUGUGGAGUAUGAUAAGAAGGCAAUCACCCUGCAUCACUGCUGAGGUGUUAAUUGAAGCCCAGGUUGUUUUGAUAAUGGCCUCCUUCUGCUCUGUAUUUUGGGGUGUUUCUCAUCUUUCACUUGACAGGACCCCACAGAUUCUCUAUGGGGUUCAGGUCAGGUGAGUUCACAGGUCGAUCAAGCACAGGUAGUAGUUCUGGCGUUGUGAGCAGGUGCUGGAAAUGAGCAUUCCCAUGAAGCUUGUCUGUAGAUGGAGGGUUUAAAGUGCUCUGAAGUCUCCUGGUCAGCGGCUGCGUUGACUUUGGACUUGAAUCAGCUUUUUUCACAGUCCACUCAAAGCUGCAGCAUCCCUGUUGCUUGGUCACUUUUUCCUCCCACUCUUUUCACACACAGAGUGAAGUAUGAGAGGAAUGUUUUCUCUUGGAGGUCCAAAUGCUUUAUUAUUAGUUAUUUAUUCAUGAUGGAUAAAAUCAGAGGAGGCGGUUACCCCAGACUUCUCUGAGGGUCUUAUGAACUUGUAUCUGAAAAAACAGGGAGUCAAAGUCAGUAAAUUAUUGUAUUAAAAGCUAGUUAACCUAAAUGUUAAGAUUCCUUGUGUCCCUUUCCUCCCCACAGAAACUAAAUGAGCAAGCAGCGGCCAUGUUUGAGACAGGAGAGGAGCCGGAGGUGACGACAGGCUUGGGCAUCAUGAACGAGCUGGUGGUCCCCUGCAUCCCUCUUCUGCUGGUCCACGACACAGAGAGGGACCUGCUGGCUGUGGAGGACAUGAGGAACCGCUGGUGCUCCUACCUGGGCCAGGAGAUGGAGUGUAAGUCCCCGAGAGAGUGGCAGCACGCUCGCCCUGUCAGAUAUUUCUGGAGAGUUGAAGUCGGAGGUUACUAGCACAUUCCCCUGAACCCCUGCCAAAGAUCAGCAGAAUCAGGCCACUGCUCAGCUCGCACAUCAGGACGGAUUCGAGCUACUGAGGUGUUUUCCAUUUGUCCUGAGGAUGAUUCAACAAUUCUUACUUAGUGUCUUAUUUAGAGAAGCACACUGAGACAAGCUUAAAAGUUAGAUGAAUUCAGAGCUCCAGUAAUCAAAAGCAAAAUAAGAUGGUCAUAAAAAAAACAAUCUAAACUCAUAUUUCCUCUGUAUUAUCACUCUCAAUCCAACAGAGGUGUGUGUUCCUGUGUCUGCAGGAGUGUGUUUUCUGUCUGUAUUUUCUGUGGGCGUCAGCUUUUAUGCAGGGAUGUGAAGCUCACAGCCAAGAGUCUACAGCUCUGGACUAGCUGGUAUAAAGAUCAGGUGACAUCACUGUCAAACGGCAUCAAUAAAACAAGUUGACUUAUCGAUGAGUAGAUAAACAGCCAAUCAAUCAUCACUUCUGGGCUGUUGUUCUCAUCCCGGGUGGCCUCAGUUAAAGUCCAGCUCCAGGUCUCUUGCCCACCUGUCGUCGUUCUUUUUUUUCUCUUUUCGUUUUUUUUUUGUCCGUUCACUGUCCUGUUUGACCAGUGACAAACAUUUUUAUACGAAGUGAGUGGCUGCACAGAAUGCACAGGCUGGAGGAUCGAGAGGAAGACAGCAGUUGUUUUUGUGCCUAAAAGAUUAAGCCCUGAUUAAGAAAGGGCACAAUUAAUCAAUGAUCAAUCAAUUAAUCAUAAAGAAUUGCGCCGAUCAUGCAAAAUUUCAAUUGAUAUAACGCUAUUAAAAAAAAAGGGCUGACAGCGUGCGUCCAUCCUCCAGCUGCUUUUCAGCAAAGAUCAAUCUCUGCUGAUCGGGAGGGUUACCCUCAUUGUCCAGUCCAUGUGUGUGUUGAAGAAAUGCAGCGACUAUCACUGUGCGGAAAGAUUUUGACAUUUUACAAGGUGAUACAGCGUCAACACGACAACGACCCCAAUGAUGGACCAACUGAACCACAUACAUUUCACUGAGGUUAAUGAAUCCUCCGAGCCCUCUCAGUCUCAACCUUCCAUCAGCCAGUAAAGAGGAUCUGUAGGGUGACCAGACAUCCCCUAUUUCAGGGGGACAGUCCCUGUUUUGGAUGACCUGUCCACAGCUGAAGUUGUCCCUGGAAAUGUCCCCAAUUUUAGCGUUUCAUAAAUGAGAAAAAAACAGUUAUUACGGUGUGCAUGAGUGAGCAUGUAGCGGGCAGUGCUUAACAACAGUUGAGGGGGGUAUUUCAAUGAGGAAUAACACAUUUUUGUGUAUUUUCUGCCAUUUGCAUAAAGAGAGGCGAUCGAAUCGAUGAUUGAUCAUUCAUUUAUAUGAUUAAUCGAUCGAGGGACUGUCUUAAAAUGCCCAUUCAUAGUCCUGAUGACUGCUUUUGGUAGAGAAAAGGUGGAUCAAGCUGAUGGUUGAUCAGCUGAAUACUUCAGUAGCACUUAUGUUGAUGUAUCGUUGGUUAUAAAUGUAUCUUAGCUCACCAAAAAUCUGAUGUUUACGGCAAAGUGUGUGGGUAGAUGCUAAUGAUCUAAAUCUCAUCAUCAAGGUCAUGAUUCUGAGUUAAUCGCUUGAUCUUUUUGAGGAUCCUGGAAAUCUAUCAGCAAACAGUGAGUUGCUCACAGGAAGUGCAGGUGCCAGCAGAUAAACAGAUGACAAUUAGCUGCAGCCCUACAUAACACACGGUUUAUUUCAGAUUGCAGUAAAGACCGAUCAGAGGUUGAACCUUCAGAUAAUUUCCUGGUAGAAAAAUAAAGAGGAGGAUGCUUCAGCUUCUAUCAGCACGUUUCUGGUAUCAGUUCUCAGAGAGGGUCUGCUUUGAGUUUUAUCACCCAGACCCUCUGCUCACUGGAGUUUUACUAUCUCAGUCUGCUCUGGAACAUGUUUUUGAACUGUUGUGAUAUCACAUGAACAAUAUUUACACUGUGAUUUAGUCUCAACAGUUAAUCAAUGAAGAUGUCUCUGUUUUUCUGUCGACAGCAAACCUCCAGGAGAAGCUGACUGACUUCCUCCCAAAGUUACUGGACUGCUCAACAGAGAUCAAAGGCUUCCACGACCCCCCCAAGGUGCCCACCUACUCCACCCUGGAGCUGUGUGAGCGCUUCAGCCGCGUCAUGGCCGCCGUGUGCAGGGUCCCCACCGAGGGAAGAUGAGCUCAGAGGGAUGACGCUCCCCCUGAUCACAGGCCCGACCCGGGGCUCAAAUCCAUGGACCUCUCUUAACCCAUGCCUUCCUUUAAAUCCAGGGGUCACUCGCUUCUAGCUGUUAUUCCUCUGUUACUCUUUUGCUGCUAUAGGUUUUAUCAUUAUAAAUAUUAUUUCACUUUUAUUUCAAGCAAACACAUUGGAGGGAAAGAGGAGGAGAGGAUGGACUGAUGGAGGGAAUAAAAAAAAAGCAAGGGGAGGAGGAGGAGUCGAUGGAGAAGCAGAGGUGGUCCUGCAGUGGUUGAAAGCCAAGUACAUUCAGCUUCAGCUUUGCAAAAAAAAAAAAACAGAAAAAAAAAAACACAAACAAAAAAAAAGAGUUUGAGGGUUUUUCCUAGUUUAUUAUUGUUGUUGUUGCUGUUUGAUUCAAGCUUCCCCAACCACGCUCACAGUCCUUCUGAAGCCCCCCACCCCACCCCCUCUCUGCGUGAAAAGGAUCCCCCCGCUGCUCUGCCUCCAGUUUGGUACAGUAUUACCAUGUUUUGUUUUAUUUUUCUAAGGAAGGAAGGAAGGAAGGAAGGAAGGAGGGAGCCUUCAGAUGUCUGAGCGGCUCAGAGAGUCUCACAUGGGUCUCAAGUCUUUGUGGACUGAAAGAGAUGUUUUAAGUGCUGUGGUAGACGGCCACAGACUUCCUGUGGCUUGUUAAUAAAUCGAGAGAAUAAAAUUUUAUUUAUGGCCCUUUUAGGCCAAAUAAACAAAUGUUUUUUUGCCUCA